CCAGCCUUGCCUCGGGUGUAGGGACUGCAAGGGAAAAAGCAAAACUACACGGAUAAGACCCUGUGUAGUUUUGUUUUUUAGGGAUAGUUCAAGGCUCAACCGUUCUCACACUGUGUUUUCGGAAAUCCCAUCUGGAUAAGGACUUUGUUUCAGAAGACAAAACCUUUUGGGAUUCGUCCCUCCAAUUCAAGGCACUCUUGUGGAUACAAGGUGCCUUCCACCAUGUCAACACAAGCACCAACAUUUACACAGCCGCUUCAGAGCGUUGUGGCACUUGAGGGUAGUGCUGCAACGUUCGAAGCUCAAGUUAGUGGUAAUCCAGUUCCAGAGGUGAGCUGGUUUCGUGAUGGCCAGGUUCUUACUGCUGCCGCUCUGCCCGGCGCUCAGAUCUCGUUCAGCGAUGGCCGCGCUGUUCUGAUGAUCCCCGCUGUGACAGCCGCACACAGUGGAAGGUUUUCUGUGAGAGCCACCAAUGGUGCUGGACAAGCCACUAGCACUGCUGAACUACUGGUUACAGCUGAAACUGCACCACCAAACUUCAUUCAGAGAUUACAGAGUAUGACUGUGAGACAAGGAAGCCAAGUGAGACUGGAUGUUCGAGUUACAGGAAUCCCUGCACCUGUGGUCAAGUUCUACAGAGAGGGCGCUGAGAUUCAGAGCUCUGCUGACUUUCAGAUUGUUCAAGACGGAGACCUUUACAGUUUGUUGAUUGCCGAGGCCUUCCCAGAAGAUUCUGGAACUUAUUCUGUCAGUGCUUCUAACAGCAGUGGACGUGCGACUUCAACUGCUGAGUUGCUUGUUCAGGGCGAAGAAGAAGCUGUACCUGCAAAGAAGCCAAAAACGAUUAUUUCAGCCUCUCAGAUUUCACAGACCCGUCAGACUAGAGUUGAGAAGAAGAUGGAGGCUCAUUAUGAGGCCACAGCCAUGAUGCACAUGCAAGUAGAGGGUGGCGUUGUAACCCAAAAGCUGGCACAUAAGACUCCACCCCGUGUGCCGCCUAAACCAACCUCCAAAUCCCCCCCUUCACAAGUGACUAAAGUGUCAGCUGCCCGCCAACAGUCUCCCUCUCCUGUGAGGCAUGUUAAGGGCCCGACACCCACUCCUGUCAGAGCUGUGUCUCCAUCUACCAGACUGUCUGUUUCCCCAAUCAGACCAGUCAAAUCCCCUGUGAUGACCCGCAAACAGGUCACACAGGCCUCUGAGGUCCUGCCCCCAUGGAAACAGGCGGGAUAUGUAUCAGAAGCAAGCUAUGCCCGCAUGAUUGCUGGAGCAAAACAAGUCCAAACAACCUCUACCCGCGUCCAAAUGGAACAGCACUGGGAAGGAUCUGUUGCUUUUCAGCAACAAGUUGGUGCUGUCAAAGAGGGUGAUGGGAAAAAAGCAGGAGCCGUGGCCACUGUGCUUGCUGCUGUUGAUCUUGCACGUAUACGAAAGCCCACGCAUGCUGAAGGGGCUCAGUUGGAAGAAGAGGCUGACAUAAGACAUCAAGAAAUGCUAGCAACUAAGCAACAGGUCACAAGUAAAAAGGAGCUGUUGCUUAUUUCCACUGAAAUGCCAACUGCUACUACUGAGAAGAGUGUACAUGUCACCCAGAUUCAAAGAACUACUGAGGUUAGCUCCAAGGUGGAGACUGACCUUGCACCAUCCCCAGUUCCACAUUUCACAGUAUCAAAAGUUACUGUACCAAAACCAGAUCAUAGCUAUGAGGUUUCAAUAGCAGGUUCUGCUAUUGCCACACUACAAAAAGAGUUAACCUCAACAACUGCAGCUCAAAAGAUCAUCAAGCCUGUCAAGCCUCCAACACAUAAGAUUGUGGAGACUCGUGUGACCCCAGAGCCGACUCCUCCUCCUUUUAGAGAAACUGCAGAGAGAUAUCAGGCUCAUUUUGAAACAGAGUUACACAGAAAGAUAGGCGUUUCAUAUGCCGGGGAAGAAUGGGGCACAAAGGUUGUUGAGACUGCAGCGAUCCCAUCAGCUAUCAAAGAGCCUGUAGUGCCCCCUACAUUGAUAGCAGGUUUGAAGAAUGUGACUGUCACAGAGGGAGAGUCUAUCACUCUGGAGUGCCAGAUUUCAGGCCACCCCACCCCAGCCAUUAUGUGGUUCAGAGAGGAUUACAGAAUUGAGCACUCCAUUGACUUCCAGAUCACUUAUGAAAACAGCUAUGCCCGCUUGGUAAUUCGUGAGGCCUUUGCUGAAGACAGUGGCCGCUUCACUUGCACUGCUACCAGUGAGGCUGGAACUAUCAGCACCUCAUGUUACCUGCUUGUCAAAGUGUCUGAGGAGAUUGAGAGCAGAGAGGACAUUACUGUCCAGGAGAAACAGACUGUCAUUGAAGCCAAAGAAGAGACCAUUUCUGAAAUAAGUGCGGUCUCUGUGGAAACUGGAGCACCUGCUGCUCUUUUCUUUGUGAAGAAGCCAGUGGUUCAGAAGCUGGUCGAGGGGGGCAGUGUUGUCUUUGAGUGCAAGAUCGGAGGAAGCCCUAAGCCACAUAUUUACUGGAAGAAGAGUGGAGUUCCACUCACUACUGGAUACAGAUAUAGAGUUAGCUAUAACAAGGAUACAGGGGAAUGUAAGUUGGAAAUUUCUAUGACAUUUGCUGAUGAUGCUGGAGAGUACACCAUCUUUGCCAAGAAUCAGCAUGGAGAGGUGUCUGCUUCCACGAGCCUUCUUGAAGAAGAGGAGUUUGAAGCCUAUAUGAAGAAACUGGAAGUGACAUAUGUAACGGAAGUGACGACAAUGGUGCAGGAGCCCAAAGUGGCAGAUGUGCCCCCAGUAAUUGUAAGCGAAUAUGAAAAAGAGAUGAUGCAGAGGAGGAUGGCUCAGCAAACACAGAUGAUGCAGUCCUUCAUCUCAGAGACGGAAUUUCAAAUAUCUGCAAUUGAACGAAAAAUAAUCCAAGAGAUUGAAAUCCGCAUCCUUAAGAUAACUUACCGCGAACUGGUGAUCGAGGAUGGUGAGGAGAUGGUCAUGAAUGUUGCUGAGCAUGAGGCUGUCGGAUCCUCAUUUAGCACUCCAGUCAAAAGCUACAGAAUUCUGGAAGGAAUGGGUGUUACUUUCCAUUGCAAGAUGGAAGGAACACCAUUACCAAAGAUUGCCUGGUAUAAAGACGGUAAGCGCAUUAAGCAUGGAGGCCGCUAUCAGAUGGAGGUUCUACAAGAUGGUAGAGCUAGUCUUCGCCUACCUGUGGUGUUGCCAGAAGAUGAGGGCAUCUAUACUGCAUUUGCUAGCAAUAUGAAGGGUAAUGCUGUCAGUUCUGGAAAGCUCUAUGUGGAGUCCACAGCAGCUGCUCAGCCUUACUACCCACAGGCCGAAGCUGUGAGGAGAGUCCAGUCUACAUCUCCAAUGUCUGCUCGCUCAACUAGUUACUCUCCUGGCCGUUCCCCUGCUCGCUCUGUUAGCCGUUCUCCUGCUCGAAGACUUGAUGACACUGAUGAGAGUCAACUGGAGAGGCUAUAUAAGCCUGUCUUUGUACAGAAGCCAUCAUCCUUCAGGUGUUCUGAAGGACAGACUGCAAGGUUUGACUUAAAAGUAGUUGGAAGACCUAUGCCCGACACUUACUGGUUCCACAGUGGACAACAAGUGGUCAAUGACUACACCCACAAGAUUGUGGUAAAGGAGGAUGGUACUCAGUCAAUGAUUGUGGUUCCUGCCAUGCCUCAGGACUCCGGAGAGUGGACGGUUGUUGCUCAGAACAGAGCUGGAAAGACUUCCGUAUCUAUGACUCUCACUGUGGACGCAAAGGAAAAUUUGGUCCGACCCCAGUUUAUUGAAAAGCUGAAGAAUAUCAGUGUUAAGGAAGGAAGUUUGGUUGAGUUGGCAGUAAAAGCCAUUGGAAACCCCCUCCCUGACAUUGUCUGGCUGAAGAACAGUGACAUCAUCUCUCCUCAUAAAUACCCUCACAUCAAAAUUGAGGGUACCAAAGGACAGGCACAUUUCCAGAUUCCUCAGACUGCUGGCUCUGACAGUGCAUGGUACACAGCCACAGCCAUUAACAAAGCUGGCAGAGAUACCACUCGCUGCAGAGUUAAUGUAGAGGUUGAGUUCACCGAACCUGAACCAGAAAGAAGACUCAUCAUUCCCAAAGGGACAUAUAAGGCUAAGGAUGUUGCUCCACCAGAAAUUGAACCGCUGCAUCUUCGCUAUGGUCAGGAACAGUGGGAAGAGGGUGACCUCUAUGACAAGGAAAAGCAACAGAAGCCACAUUUUAAAAAGAAGCUUACUUCAGUCAGGAUGAAGCGAUUUGGACCUGCGCAUUUUGAGUGCAGACUGACCCCUAUUGGUGACCCAACUAUGGUUGUUGAGUGGCUGCAUGAUGGCAAGCCACUGGAAGCUGCUAACAGACUGCGUAUGAUCAAUGAGUUUGGCUAUUGCAGCCUUGAUUAUGAAGUUGCUUAUUCCAGAGAUAGUGGCGUCAUUACUUGCAGAGCUACCAACAAAUUUGGGGCUGACCAGACCUCAGCUACACUAAUUGUGAAGGAUGAAAAGGGUCUAGUGGAGGAAAGUCAGUUGCCAGAAGGUAAAAUGCAGAGAAUGGAUGAAAUGGAGCGGAUUGCCCAUGAGGGCGCUCCCUCAGGAGUAACUGGAGAUGAAAUGACAGAGAAGAUCAAACCAGAGAUUGUCUUGCUCCCAGAACCCAUAAAAGUAUUCGAGAGCGAAACAGCCAAAUAUCGUUGUAGAGUGACUGGUUACCCCACUCCCAAAGUCAACUGGUACCUAAAUGGACAGCUCAUUCGAAAGAGCAAACGAUUUAGACUGCACUAUGAUGGCAUUCACUAUUUGGAAAUCACUGACUGUAAGUCGUAUGAUUCUGGAGAAGUCAAAGUGUUGGCUGAGAACCCAGAGGGUACAGCUGAGCACACUGUCAAGCUUGAAAUCCAACAGAAGGAAGACUUCCGGUCAAUUUUGCGCCGUGCUCCUGAGAAGGCUCCUGAGGUAUCUGGCCCCGAACCUGGCAGAGUAUCUUUUGAUGUUGUGAAGGUAGACAAACCCACAGAUGCUUCACAAGCAAAAGAAGUUGUCAGACUGAGAAAGGCUGAGAGAGUUGUUCAUGAAAAAUCCACAGAAGAGACAGAAGAGUUGCGAAGCAAAUUUAAACGCAGGACUGAAGAGGGUUAUUAUGAAGCCAUAUCCUCAGUUGAGAUGAAGUCUCGCAGAAAGGAUGAAUCAUAUGAAGGAAUGCUAAAGAAGAGAAAAGAAGAACUUCUACACUGGACCAAAGAGUUGACUGAGUCAGAAAAGAAGAAAGAGGAGGAGGAAGGCAAACUUAAAAUUCCUACUAUCAGACCUGAGAAAAUUACACUUUCUCCCAGCAUGGAGGCUCCAAAGAUCUUGGAAAGAAUUCAGAGCCAGACAGUGUCUCUGUCUGAUGAAGUUAGUUUCCGUUGUAGGGUUGUUGGUAAACCAGAACCAGAAUGCCAGUGGUUCAAAAAUGGCAUUUUACUUGAGAAGUCAGAUCGCAUUUAUUGGUAUUGGCCCGAAGACCAUGUCUGUGAAUUAGUAUUCAGAGAUGUCUCAGCUGAGGACUCUGCUAGUAUCAUGGUCAAAGCCAUUAACAUUGCUGGUGAGGCCUCCAGUCACGCUUUCUUGUUGGUACAAGCCAAGCAGCUUGUAUCUUUUACCCAGACACUGGAGGAUGUCUUUGCUAAAGAAAAAGACACAAUGGUAACCUUUGAAUGUGAGACAAAUGAGCCAUUUGUCAAAGUCAAAUGGAUGAAGAACAAUGCCGAAAUUUUCUCUGGAGACAAAUACAGGAUGCACUCUGACAGAAAGGUGCACUUCCUAUCUGUGCUGACCAUCGACAUGCAAGAUGUUGCAGAGUACACUUGUGCUUUAACUGAUGAUGACCACAUAAGAACUUCUGCCAAACUUCAUGUUGAAGGUGCACCAUUGGAAAUUAUAAAAAAUCUGGAGAGUGUUGAAGUGCCUGAGACCUAUGCUGGAGAGUUUGAAUGUGAACUGUCCCGUGAAGAUGCUGAAGGCACCUGGUACUUUGAGAAUAAAGAAGUUACACCAAGCCUUAAAUAUGUUGUAUCCUCUCGUCGUGGCCGACACACCCUGUCUGUAAAAGAUGUUAGGAAGGAGGACCAAGGCAAAUACACCUUUAAAGUGGGUGAUCUGAAGACAAGUGCCACACUGAAGAUGAAAUUGCGUCCUGUAACUCUGAUGCAAGGCCUAUCUGAUCUGACAAUUUGUGAGGGUGAUAUUGCCCAGCUGGAGGUGCGAUUCUCUCAGGAAAAUGUGGAGGGAACAUGGAUGAAAAAUGGCCAGCCCAUCUCUGCCAUGGACAGAAUUCACAUUGUCAUUGACAAACUUGUCCACAAACUUCUGGUUGAAAAUGUCAACAGGGAUGAUGCAGGAAUCUACUCAUUUGUUGUUCCUAUUCAAAACAUUUCUACAACCGGAAAACUUACUGUCCAAACAAUUGAAAUCAUAUCACCUCUAAAGGAUGUCCAUUCUAUAGAAGGUACGAAGGCAGUACUAGAAGCUAAAAUCUCUGCCUCUGAUGUUGCUUCUGUGAAAUGGUACCAAAAUGAAAAGCUCCUUGUGGCUAGUGAGAGAAUCCAGAUGGUUGCCAAAGGAACCAAACAGAGACUAGUUUUGAAUAGGUCCUUCGCUUCUGAUGAAGGACACUAUAAGAUGGUUGUUGGCAGAGUGGAAACAGCUUGUAAACUUACUAUUGAGAAGGUCAGCAUCGUCAAGCACAUGCAAGACUGUGUUUGCACUGAAACUCAGAAUGUCACUUUUGAGGUAGAAUUAUCCCACACUGGUAUAGAUGCCUAUUGGACUUUCAAGAAUCAGCCUCUCAAGGCUGGACCCAAAUACAAAAUUGAGUCCAAAGGGAAGCACUAUAGCCUGACCAUCAUCAAUGCUAUGAAAGAUGAAGAGGGCCAGUAUACAUUUGCAGCAGGCGAAAAGACAUCCAGUGCAAAACUAACUGUAUCAGGUGGAGCCAUAAACAGACCACUCCAUGAUGUAACUGUAGCAGAAUCCCAAACUGCUGUUCUGGAGUGUGAGGUUGCCAACCCCACUUCUGAAGGCAAGUGGCUUAAGGAUGGUCACUCUGUUAACUUUAGUGACAGUGUCAGGAGUGAGGAUAUAGGUGCAGUCCGCCGACUUGUCUUUGUUAUCACAAGACCACAAGAUAUUGGAGAGUACACCUACCAAGUGGCAAACUCCAAGACAUCUGCCAACUUAAGGGUUGAAGCUGUGAAGAUCAAGAAAACCCUGAAGAACCAAACAGUCACCGAAACCCAAGAGGCAGUGUUUAGUCUUGAACUGACUCAUUUAGAUGUGAAAGGAUCCCAGUGGAUAAAGAAUGGAAUAGAAAUUGUCCCUAGUGACAAAUAUGAGAUAACAGUAGAUGGAUUGGUUCACAACUUAAAGAUCAAGAACUGCAACUCCCAAGAUGAAUCAGUCUAUGGAUUCAAACUAGGAAAACUCUCUGCUAAUGCCAGACUGAAUGUUGAAACUGUUAAGAUUGUGAAAAAGCCGAAAGAUGUGACUUCCCUGGUCAAUGGAACUGCCUCUUUUGAGUUGAGUUUAUCCCAUGAUAACAUACCUGUUCAGUGGAUGUUCAAAAACCAAGUGCUGAAACCUAGUGCCAAUGUUCAAAUAAUGUCUGAAAGAAAAGCACAUAAGCUGGUCAUUCAAAAUGUUGAUGAAAGCAACGAUGGAGAGUACAUAGCUGUAGCUGGACAUUUACAAUGCAGCGCAUAUUUGCAUGUUGAAUCUUUGAGAGUCACAAAGCCCCUGAAGAACAUUGAGGUUCCAGAGACCCAUGUGGCCACGUUUGAAUGUGAAGUUUCACAUUUCAAUGUGCCAUCCACCUGGCUGAAAAAUGGAGUUGAGAUUGAGAUGAGUGAGAAGUUUAGGAUUGUGGUGCAGGGCAAACUGCAUCAGCUGAAGAUCAUGAAUACCAGCAGAGAUGAUUCUGCAGAAUACACUUUUGUAUGUGGAAAUGACAAAGUCUCUGCCACCCUGACAGUUAACCCUGUCCUCAUCACGUCUAUGCUCAAAGACCUGAAUGCACAAGAGAAGGACACCAUCACAUUUGAGGUUACUGUCAACUAUGAAGGCAUCACCUACAAAUGGCUUAAGAAUGGUGUAGAAAUCCGAUCUAGUGAUAGAUGCCAAACUCGCACCAAACAGUUCACUCACUCGCUCACUAUCCGAAAUGUUCACUUUGGGGAUGUUGGAGAGUACAAGUUUGUGGCUGGAUCUGCUGAAACCGCAGCAAAGCUGUUUGUUGAAGCUCGUGUCAUCGAGUUCACCAAGCACAUCAAGGACAUUAAAGUUACAGAGAAGAAGAAGGCCAUUUUUGAAUGUGAACUCUCUGAGCCCAAUGUCCAAGUAACAUGGAUGAAAGAUGGCCAGGAACUUGAAAUAUCUGAAAGGUACAAAGUGUUCACAGAGAGACACAUGCAUCGUCUUAUGAUCCAGACUGUGCGCAUGUCUGAUGCUGGUGAAUACUCUGUGGUUGCUGGAUCUAGUGUAUCAAAGGCUACCCUCACAGUUGAGGGCAAGGAUGUGCGUAUCGGUGAACCUGCUGAGAAAGAAAUCACUGUACUUGAGAAACAACGAGCUACAUUUGAAUUUGAAGUCAAUGAGGAUGACAUUGAGGGUCGCUGGCUAAGAAAUGGAGUCGAGAUCCAGUUUUCUGUAGAUCAGCGCUUCAACUAUGCCAUUAUUAGGAAAAUUCAUCGUCUGACAAUCACAGAAACAUACAGAAGCGAUGCUGGAGAAUACACAUUCAUUGCUGGAAAAAACAGGAGUGUUGUGACCCUUCAUGUUAACAUCCCAGAGCCUCCACAGAUCAUCAGGCACAUGGAGCCCCUGUCUGUUGAGGCUGGUAAACCUGCACGUUUCUCUGUGGAAGUGACAGGAAUUCCUCAGCCUCAGGUAUCUUGGUAUAAGAACUCUCAGGCCCUGUCUUCUGGGUUCAAGUGCAAGUUUCUGAGGGGGGGAAAUGAGCACACAUUGCUACUUAUCGAAGUCUUCCCAGAGGAUGCAGCUCAGUACAACUGUGAAGCUAAGAAUGACUAUGGAGUAGCCACAAGCUCUGCAUCACUUAAUGUUGAAGUUCCAGAAGUUGUUUCCCCUGACACUGGAGCACCACUGUCACCACCUGUCGUCAUAACACCAAUACGCAACACUUCUGCCAAUGAAGGACAGUCUGCAAGGUUCCAAUGUCGUGUCUCAGGGGAAGAUCUGACGAUUACUUGGUAUUGCAAAGAUAAGGAGAUCAAGCAGUCUGAUAUAUUCAGAGUGUCUCAGUUUGAUGAAAACUGUCAGCUGGAGAUCACCAGAGUUUAUCCUGAGGAUGAGGGCGAGUACAUGUGUGUUGCCCGUAACUCUGCAGGAAUGGUCUCCUGUUCUGCUGUACUUAAAGUGGAUGGACAAACACAAAUUAUGGACUAUACAUCUGAAUCUCAGUCGCAAGCCACAUCCAGCCUCUUCACAAGUAUUAAGACUGUUCAGAAGGAUCCUACUGGCCAAAGGCCAACUUUUAUUCAGCCUAUUGUGGGCUGCGUAGUGGCUAAUGGAGAAGUGGCUAGAUUCCAUGCUUGUGUGUCUGGCAUGCCAAAACCAGAGAUAAGUUGGUUCCAUAACCAACAUUCUAUAAAGCCUACCAAAAAUGUUGUCUUUCAUUUUGAUGAGAUGACAAACAUUGCUACGCUAAUCAUAGUUGAUACUUUCUCUGAGCAUGCUGGACAGUACACUUGCAAAGCAGUCAAUAUCGCAGGAGAGGCAGCUUGCUCAGCCAUCCUUGCUGUAACAGAAGAAGUUACAAAAGCACAAGAGGAUAUUGAAGUAAAAAUUGAGGAAGAGGUCAAAGUGCCACCUGUUUUCAGGCACAAAAUUAAAAAUCUGGAGGUCAGCGUUGGCAGUCCUGCAAAGUUUGAAUGUGAGAUUGAGGAGGCUCCAGGUGUGACCUUCAAGUGGUUCAAGUCUGGUUCUGAGCUCAGACAUAGUGACAAAUGCAGGAUCAUCAGUCGUCUUCACACCUCAUCUCUGGAGAUAUAUAGCCCAACAGUUGCUGACAGUGGAGAAUUUACCUGCAAAUCUUCAAACCGCCAUGGAAGUGACAGCUGCUCUGCUAAACUAAGUGUGACUGAACGCAAAAUUCCACCUAAUUUUACCAAAAAACCUUCAGCAACUAUUGAGGACACUGAGGGCAAACUAGUGAAGAUUGAGGGUCGUGUAGCUGGAUCACAGCCCCUGACUGUCAACUGGUAUAAAGAUGGCACGGAAAUCUUCACCUCUGACUGUUAUGAUGUAACCUUCAAGACCAGCCUGGCUGUCCUGUGCAUCAAAAAAUCUCAGCUGUCAGAUAGUGGAACAUACAUGUGCAAAGUCUCCAAUGAAGCUGGCACUGCCUCUUAUGAAGUGUCUGUUAAGAUCACAGAGCAAAAGGUACCACCAAGCUUUGACUUGCCUCUUAAACCAGUGACUGUGACUGAGGGUGAAACACUUACCCUCAGCUGCCAUGUACGUGGAACUCCUCCUCUCAAGAUUCAGUGGAUGAAGGACAGGCGGGAGCUUUCUUCGUCUGAAAAUACUAAGAUUACAUUUGUUGAUGGCACUGCCACAUUGGAAAUGAUCCAUGUAUCUAAGGCAGAUUCUGGGGAUUAUCUCUGCAAAGCAACCAAUGAGGCUGGUAGUGAAUUCUGCAAGUCUAAAGUCACUAUCAAAGUUUCAGAGAAACCAGGAGCUCCUGCCCCUGCACAGGCGGCCCCUUCACCACCUGAAGCAGUUAAAAAGUUGGACAACUUGUUCUUCAUUGAGGAGCCAAAGAGUGUCCAUAUCAUUGAGAAAGGUACAGCUACCUUCAUUGCUAAAGUUGGUGGUGAUCCCAUUCCCAAUGUGAAAUGGAUGAAGGGCAAAUGGAGACAGAUGACUCAUGGUGGUCGCGUCAGUAUUGAACAAAAAGGCCAAGAGGCCAAAAUGGAGAUCAAAGAGGUGACCAAAUCUGACUCUGGUCAGUACAGAUGUGUUGCUUCAAACAAACAUGGAGAAAUUGAGUGCAGCACCAACCUGAAUGUUGAUGAGAAGAAAGAGACCACUUUAGAAAUGGUGAAACUGAAGAAAACUCCAUCAAAGCAGAAAAGCCCUAAAGAGGACAAGGAUAUUGACAUUGUUGAGUUGCUUAGAAAUGUUGAUCCCAAGGAGUAUGAGAAAUAUGCCCGCAUGUAUGGCAUCACAGACUACCGGGGUCUCCUUCAAGCUAUUGAGUUUCUGAAGAAGGAAAAAGAACGCGAAAGUGGAAGACCGGAAGUGGAAAGCGUUGCAAGAGAGUCUGAGGAGGAUUUGGCUAAACUUGUUGCCGAUUUGCAAAAGAGGAUGGAACAAACUGAGCCUGUCACUGUGGUACAUGACAUCAUGGACCAGACAACUACUGUUAAGAAGGAAGCUGUGUUUGAAUGUGAAAUCAAGAUCAACUACCCAGAAAUCAUACUCUCCUGGUACAAGGGAACCCAAAAACUUGACAGUAGUGACAAGUAUGACAUUAAAAUUGUGGGUGAUCGUCACAUCUUAAAGAUCAAGGAUUGCCAGAAGAGAGAUGAGGGCAAUUAUCGUAUUGUGUGUGGCCCACACAUCUCCAGUGCAAAACUGACAGUGUUGGAUGCUGAAGUGGAACAACAUAUGCAGGAUGUGGCUGGUAAGGAAGGCCAAACUUGUACACUGACUUGCCAGUUCUCUGUACCUAAUGUAAAAACCCAGUGGUUUAAAAAUGGGAAGCUUUUAGAACCUCACAGCAGAUACACAUUUGCUGUGGCAAAUUACACUCAGAAGCUCUCAAUCAAAGAUGUUAGACUUGAAGACCAAGGAGAAUAUACCUGCAAAUACAAAAAUCUUGAAACCACUGCAAAUCUUUGGAUCGAAGCCAAGCAAAUACAUUUCACCAAACGCAUCCAGAACAUUGUGGUGCGAGAACAUCAGUUGGCCACUUUUGAGUGUGAGGUGUCUUUCGACAAUGCUAUUGUAACAUGGUAUAAGGACACUUGGGAGCUUAAAGAGAGUCCCAAAUAUACCUUCCAAAGUGAAGGGCGACGGCACUUCAUGAUCAUCCGCAACGUUACCUCUGCCGAUGAAGGCGUGUACUCAGUCAUUGUCAGAUUGGAGCCCAGGGGUGAGGCUAAAAGUACAGCUGAGCUUUACCUGUCAGGCAAAGAAAUUGAUAUAGAAAGGGUACCUUAUGACAUCCCAGAUACAUCAAUACAAGUUCCUGAAGCAGCUGCUUUAACCAUUGAAGCUGAAUCUUCCAUGGAAUAUUACCAUUACGAAGAAAAAAUGGAAACACAAGAGUAUGUGAGCUGGACAGCGGAGAGUGUUGUAGAGGAAAUAUCAGUAACAGCCCCAAGGGUUCCAGUCGAAGAGGCUGUCAGUAGAAAAAUCCUGGGAAUGAGAGAGGUGGCUCCAACAACAGAAUUCGAGGAACCCGAGCCAUCUAAACCAGUGGAGCUAAUUCCUGAAGUACCUGUGAAAGCUAAAAAGCCUGUGGAAGAAGUAGUUACUGCAGUUAUAUUGCCAGAGCCAGUUGAACCCCCCAAAGUAAAAGCAGCACCUGUAGCUCCUGUGCCUUCUGCACCUGAGCCUGAAGAGCCUAAAGCUGCACCAGUAGCUGAGCCCAAACCAGAACCAAAGCCUAAGCCUAAACUUAAGCCCGAGCCAAAGCCUGAGCCUACACCUGUGAAAAAACCUGAACAACCCCCAGCCAAAGUUCUUGUGGAGGAAAAGGAGCCAGAGCCACCAAAGAAAUUGCCAGCUAAACCUGAUGAACCCAUUGCAGUUCCAGUGGAAGAACCUCCAAAGAAAGUUCUUGUGGAGAAAAAGAAACAAAAACCACCAAUUGAAGAACCACCAAAGAAAAUGCCAUCUAAACCUGAUGAAGCCAUUAAAGUUCCAGAGACAGAACCUCUAAAGAAAGUUCUUGUGGAAGAAAAGAAACCAAAACCAACAAUUCAAGAACCACCAAAGAAAGUCCCAUCUAAACCUGAGCAAGUGAUUACAGUGGAAGAACCUGCAAAGAAAGUAGCAGAGCUAGAGAAGAAACCAUCUCCAGAGAAGACACCAGUUUCUGUGAAAGAAGUUGCAGCCCCAAAAGUUGAAAAGAAACCAUCUCCAGAACCUGAAAAAAAGAAAGAACCUUUGCCAGAGACCACAGUUAAAGAGGUCGAUAAGAAAGCUGAAGAUAAAUUCACCCCUAAGCCCAAGGAAGAGAAGAUAAUUCCAACAAAAGUACCUACACCUAAAGAACCAGAGAAACUAAAGCCUGCUCCAAAGGAAGAACCAGUACCAAUUGUCCAAACAGUGGAAGAUGGUGAAAAGGGUCCAGUUUCUGCACCUGCUCCAGGAAAGAAAGGAAAAGUUCUUAAAGCGAAGCAAGAAGAGGGAAGAUUUGAAAUUCCCACCUUAAAGAAAGCUACAAGAGUAUCCAAAGAUAAAGACGAAGAUCAGGAAAUGGUAAAACUGAAGAAAGUGCUCAAACCACAAGAGGAGGAAUAUAAAGAGAGUCCCAAAGUGUAUGCUGAGGCUCAUACUGAAGUUAUGAUAACUGAAAGUUAUGAGGCAGAAAUGCAUUUUGAGACUUAUGAAGUGACUAAGAGAGUUGAGAAAAUUCAACCUGAGGUAGACAAAAAGAUGCCUGAUGAACCUGAUCAAGCACCACCUCAAAUAAAACCAGAAACCGAAUUAAAAGAAAAAGCAAAAAAGACACCAAUUGGAAUGGUUCCAAAAGAAGAUACACCAGAGGAGCCUGGCUUAGCACUGAAAAAGGUUAAAAAGUUACCUGUUGACACAAAAGAACAAGAAUCUGUCAAAUUAAAGCCAUUUGAGAAACCAGUAAAACCGCCAAGUGAAACCGAAAAAGACACCAAAAAAGAAGAAAAAGGAAGAGAACCUAUAACAUUUGAUAAAAGUAGGGAACCAAUUACUUUUCAGAAAGGAGAACGACCUGAAAAGGAUGAGAAGCCAAAAGAACCCGAUGUCCUCACGAAAAAAGUAGAACCCUCUGUUCCUGACAAAAAGGUGCCUGAUGAAGUUGCUGUUAAACCUGUAACCAGACCUCCCAAAGAGGAAGCACCUGCAGAGCCUAAAGAGAAAUUAUUUAAAGGUAAAGGUAAAAUUCCACCUAAAGACCAGGAGCCUGAGGUGGUUCAACUAAAACCAAUUCCGAAGAAACCUUCAGCUGGAUCACCAAAAGAAAAGGAGGUUUCAGAGCCAAAAGAACGAAAACCUAUUGAGUUGUCACCACUUACUAGGUCACCAAAAGAUGAAAUAAAAACAGAACCAAGUAUAACACCAAAAAGAGUUGACAGUCAAGAAACUCCAGAUAAAGAUAAAGAGGUUGAGAAGAUACCAACUAUUGUACCAGUAGAAGACAAAAAGGCACCACUUAAAAAGGUUACGCCUGUAAAGAAGGAGAUUACACCAAAGGAAGAUGAGAAGAAACCAAUAGUUACCAAAAAGGGUAUUUUACCCAAAGAGGCUGAAAAGAAAGAAGACAUAGUUCUUAAACCAGUUGAGCGUGCAAAGAGUGCAGUAGAGCCUGAAAAGAUUCCUUCGCCUAAGGUUGAGAAACCAAAACCAACUGAACCAGUAUCAGUGGAGAGGAAGCCUAGUGAGGAUUUGGCAAAGAAGCCAAAGAAAGUUUCACCUAAAGACCCUAUUGAAGCUGUUAUUUUGAAGAAAGCACCUCAGAAGGUUUCACCUAAGGAGGACAAAUCUGAAUCUCCUCAGACCCCUGAAAAAGAGGAGAUUCCAGUCAUAAAGGAAGUCUCUCCUGGAGCUGUAGAGUUAAGAAAAGUGUCAACUCAGUUUGAAGAAGAACUGUUUGAAGAAGAGGUUGAGGUUGAAUUUGAAGCAGAAUAUGAAGAUGAAGAAGAAGCAUGGGGAUGGGAGGUUGCUUCUCGUGAGAGUUAUGGCUCGGAAGGCUCUGAAGAAAGGUAUUUGGAGGAAGGGGCACUUGAGACUCCUGGGAUGCCAGGGGGUAGAAGAGAGGGAAAGCCUACUGAGGAAGCUGGAAGAGGCAGAGGCUUAAGACCAAGACAAACUCCAUCUCCUGGUGAUGCUGGAAGGGGUAGAGGGCUGAAGCCUGGUGCUGGUGGUGAUAAGCCUCCAGGAGAAUCACCAUUUGGUGCCCAGCUCAAAGCCGUCCCCUUGAAGUUUGUGAAGGAACUCAAAGAUAUUGUGUUGCAGGAGGCUGAGUCCAUUGGCUCAUCUGCUGUAUUUGAGUGCCAGAUCUCUCCAUCUACUGCCAUCACCACCUGGAUGAAGGAUGGAAGCAAUCUAAGGGAGAGUCCAAAGCACAAAUUCACAUCUGAUGGCAAAGACCGCAAACUGCAAAUCAUUGAUGUACAGCUUUCAGACACUGGGGAGUACACAUGUGUUGCAAAGCUUGGCAACAAGGAGAAGACCUCAACAGCUAAACUUAUUGUAGAAGAGUUACCAGUGAAGUUCACAAAGAAUCUGGAGGAGGAAAUGUCUGUGAUUAAGGGACAGCCAAUGUACCUAACCUGCGAGUUGAGCAAAGACAGGGAUGUUGUCUGGAAGAAGGACGGAAAAGAGCUUAAGCAAAUUGCUGGCAAAAUUCAAAUCAAUGUUAUUGGAUUGCAGCGCUCUGUGACAAUUCAAGAUGCAAAUGAUGAUGAUGCCGGUGUUUACACUUGCGAGUGCGAGGACAUCAAGACACAAGCCAAUGUCAAAAUCAUUGAAAUAAUCAGAGAUUGGUUAACAAAACCUCUGAGGGACCAGCAUGUGAAACCAAAGGCUACUGCCACAUUCAAGUGCGAACUGUACAAGGAUACUCCUAACUGGAAGUGGUUCAAGGGAGAUGAAGAAAUUCCCACUGACCCCACAAAUAAGACUGAGGUGAAAAAGGUUGGAAAAGAUAUGACGCUUACUAUCAAGAAUGCUCAACCUGGUGAUGUUGGAGAAUAUGCCAUAGAAGUUGAGGGCCGCAGAUAUGCAGCAAAACUCACUCUUGGAGAGCGUGAAGCUGAGAUCUUGAAGCCUCUUGCUAGUGUGGAGGUGGUUGAGAAAGAGGAGGCCAACUUUGAUACUGAAAUUUCAGAAGAUGAUGUACCUGGAGAAUGGAAACUUAGAGGGCAGGUUCUAACAAGAUCACCGACGUGUGAUAUCAGAGCUGAAGGAAAUAAGAGAUUCCUUACAUUGAAAGAUGUUCAACUUGACCAGGCUGGAGAAGUCUCAUACCAAGCUUUGAAUGCCAUAACUACUGCUAUGCUAAUGGUCAAAGAAAUUGAAAUGGACUUCACAGUCCCAUUGAAGGAUGUUACUGUGCAUGAAAAGAAACAGGCAAAGUUUGAAUGCACGAUCACAAAAGAUGUGCCUAAAGUGAUGUGGUUGAGAGGAUCUGAUAUUAUAACACCAGACCAAAAAUAUGAUAUCAUUGAUGAUGGAAAGAAACACAUGUUGGUCAUAAACCACUGUGAAUUUGAGGAUGAGGGAGAAUAUACUAUUGAGGUGUUGGGUAAAACAUCAACAGCCAAACUGACAGUUGAGGGUAUGCGGCUGAAAUUCAUCUCACCGAUAUCAGAUCAAACUGUCAAGGAAGGUGAAACAGCUCGGUUUGAGCUUGAACUGUCCCAUGACAAAGUACCAUUGACAUGGUACAAAAAUGAAUCAAAACUGCAUCCAAGCAGAACUGUACUUACGCAUGUUGAUGGAAAGAAACAUAUAUUAGAAAUCAAGAAUGUCACUCUAGAUGAUACUUGCCAAAUAAAAGCAGAGGCUAAAGGAUUAUCAACAACAGCAAACCUGACGGUGCUAGAGGGAGAUGCCUACUUCACAGUUAAACUGCAAGAUUACACUGCAGUUGAGAAAGACGAGGUCACUCUUGACUGCGAGCUCAGCAAGGAUGUUCCUGUGAAGUGGUUCCACAAUGAGACUGAAAUUAAAGCCUCCAAGAUGGUUACCAUGAAAGCUGAGGGCAAACGAAGAAUCUUAAAUAUCAAGAAAGUUGAAGAAAAAGACAAAGGAUUAUAUGUUUGUGACUGUGGAACAGACAAGACUUCGGCCACAAUGAACAUUGAAGCACGUGACAUCAAAGUGGUGCGACCCAUGUAUGGUGUUGAGCUGUUCGAUGGUGAGACAGCUCGGUUUGAGGUGGAAAUUUCUGAAGAUGAUGUCCAUGGUCAGUGGAAGCUGCAAGGAGAAGUCCUCUCCCCAUCACCUGAUGUUGAAAUCAUUGAGGAUGGCGCUAAGCACAUCUUAACUUUGUACAACUGUAAAGUGUCCCAGUCUGGAGAGGUUUCAUUCCAGGGUGCCAAUGCAAAAUGUUCUGCUAAUCUAAAAGUGAAAGAGCUUCCCAUUACUUUUGUAACACCUCUGGCUGAUGUGCAUGUAUAUGAGAAAGAUGAGGCAAGAUUUGAGUGUGAGAUCUCAAGACAACCAAAAAGCUUCCAUUGGUUGAAAGGAACUCAGGAGAUUAAAACUGAUGAUAAAUUCGAGGUACUUCAAGAGGGCAAAAGAUACAUUCUGGUGGUCAGAUCUGCUGCCUAUGAGGAUGAGGCUAAGUAUAUGUUUGAGGCUGAGGACAAGAGAACAUCUGCCAAACUUGUUAUCCAGGGCAUCCGUCUUGAGUUCGUCAGACCCAUUAAAGAUGUCACCGUUAAAGAGCGUGAGACUGCAGAAUUCAGCAUUGAACUCUCUCAUGAAAAGGUUCAAGUUACCUGGUAUAAGAAUGACAUGCGUUUGCAUCCAAGUAAAGUGGUACACUUGUCCGAGGAUGGAAAAACCCAUACUCUGUCCUUCAAAGAGGUCUCUAUUGAUGACACUUCUCUAAUUAAAGCUGAGGCCCUUGGGAAAACCUGUGAGGCAAUGCUUACUGUACUUGAGGGAGAACCUUACUUUACUACCAAGUUGCAGGACUACACUGCAGUUGAGAAGGAUGAGGUUGUCCUGAAGUGUGAAGUGAGCAAAUCAUCUGCUCAAGUGAAAUGGUUCAUAGAUGGCAAGGAGAUCACUCCCUCUAAGAACGUCCUCAUCAAGGCUGAUGGAAAGAAACGUAUCUUGACAGUGAAGAAGGCAGAGAAGGCCAACAUUGGUGAAUAUGUGUGUGACUGCGGCUCUGACAAAACAACAGCCAAGCUUAACAUUGAAGAACGCGAUAUUAAGAUUGUUCGUCCACUGUACAGCGUGGAGGUCACAGAGACAGAGACUGCUCGCUUUGAGACAGAAAUCUCUGAGGAGGAUGUUCAUGGUCACUGGAAACUCAAAGGAGAGGCCCUGCACCAGUCACCGGACUGUGAAAUUAAGGAGGAAGGCACCAAGCAUAUGCUUAUCCUUUACAAUGUUCGCAUGGAUAUGGCUGGUGGUGUGGAUUUCAGCGCUGCUAAUGCUAAAUCAAGUGCUCAGCUCAGAGUUAAAGCACGAGUGAUAGGCCUCCUGAGGCCUCUCAAGGAUGUAACGGUGACAGCGGGAGAGACAGCAACCUUUGACUGCGAACUGUCUUACGAGGGCAUACCUGUGGAAUGGUUCCUAGGGGGUACAAAGCUGGAACCAAGUGACAGAGUGGUGCACCGUUCAGAGGGCAGAACUCACACGCUGACCCUUAGGGAUGUGAAACUGACAGAGGCUGGAGAAGUAAAACUCACUGCAAAGGACUUCGUGACACAGGCUCAACUCAUUGUAAAUGAACCUCCAGUUGAAUUCACCAAACCUCUUGAGGACCAGACUAUAGAAGAAGAAGCCACCGCUGAACUAGAGUGUGAAGUCUCCAAAGAGAAAGCUGAGGUCAGGUGGUUUAGAGAUGGACAAGAAAUUCGCAAAACCAAGAAGUAUGACAUGGUUGCUGAUGGCCGUAAAAGAAAACUUCUUAUCCAUGACUGCACACUUGAUGACUCAAAGACAUAUACCUGUGAUGCUAAACAGUUCAAGACUUCAGCCUUCUUAAAUGUUGAACCUCCACAUGUUGAGUUCACAAAGCCACUCCAUGAUGUUGAGGUCAAAGAGAAGGAAUCUGCCAGAUUUGAAUGUGAAGUGUCUCGUGAAAGUGCUAAGGUUCGCUGGUUCAAAGAUGGUAAUGAAAUCAGAAAAGGCAAGAAAUAUGAGAUAAUUUCUGAAGGAGUAAAACGUAUUCUCAUCAUAAGCAAGUCCGUCUUUGAUGAUGAAGCAGAAUAUGAAUGUGAUGCCAGGACUUCCAAAACCUCUGGAAUGCUGACUGUCAUUGAGGAGGAGACUAGAUUCACAAAGAACUUGGCUAAUGUUGAAGGUACUGAAACGGACAGUGUUAAACUGAUUUGUGAAGUCUCCAAGCCCAGUGCAGAGGUUACAUGGUACAAGGGUGACCAAGAGUUGCCCGAAGUUGGUAGAUAUGAGCAUAUUGCAGAUGGCAAAAAGAGAAUCCUAAUUAUUAAGGGCCUCCGUAUGGAUGAUGCUGGAGAGUACCACUGCAAACUGCCCACCUCACAAACCACAGGGAACCUAAGGAUUAAUGAACUUGCCGCUGAGUUCAUUGCAAGGCCUCAAAGCCAGGAGGUGGUUGAAGGUGAAAAGGCACAAUUUGUGUGCUCUGUCUCGAAAGACACAUAUGAAGUGAAAUGGCUCAAAGGAGAUAAGGAACUUCAAUCAGAUGACAAAUAUGAUAUAAUUUCUGAGGGCAAAAAGAGAGUUCUUGUUGUCAAAAAUUGUGAACUCAAGGAUGAAGGUGGCUUUGUAGUCCUCAUUGGAACCACCAGAGCCUCAGCUGAUCUGACUGUUCUUGAAAAGCUGAGGAUUAUCACUCCUCUAAGAGACAUAAAGGCAAAUGAAGGACAAGAGACUGUCCUCAAUUGUGAAGUUAACACUGAGGGGGCCAAAGCCAAAUGGCUGAAGAAUAAUGAGACUUUAUUUGAAAGUAGCAAGUUCAUCAUGGUUCAGAAGGACAAUGUAUUCUCUCUGAGGAUCAAAGACACUCAAAAAUCAGAUGAGGCCAACUACACCAUUACACUGACCAACCAACGUGGUGAACACGCAAAGAGCUCUGCCAACAUUACUGUGCAAGAGGAAGAUCUUCGAAUCAUUGCUCCUCCUGAGGAUGUUGACACACAGGAGAAAAAGAUUGUCAGCUUCACAUGCAAGGUGAACAGACCAAAUGUAACAGUACAGUGGAUGAAGGCAGGUCAGGAAAUCACUCUCAGCAAGAGAAUUCUGUAUCGUGUGGACAAGGACAAGCACACUCUGACCAUUAAGGACUGCAGUCUUGCAGAUGAGGGUGAAUACAGUGUAGUUGCUGGUGCUGAUAAGGCCACAGCAGAACUGAUCAUCAGUGAGGCACCCGCUGACUUCACUGCUCAGCUCAGUGACCAAACCAUCACUGAGUUUGAGGAUGCUGAGUUCACAUGUGAACUUUCCAAAGAGAAGGCCGAAAUCAAAUGGUACAGAGAUGGCAGGGAGAUCAGAGAAGGACCCAGAUACCAAUUUGAGAGAGAUGGCAAAACAUGUAGACUGCGUAUAAAAGAGUGCAGACCAGAUGAUGAGUGUGAAUAUGCCUGUGGAGUGGAUGACAAGAGAACAAGAGCCCGCCUCUUUGUUGAGGAGACCCCUGUGGAGAUUGUCAGACCACCCACAGAUGUGUUUGAGCCCCCAGGCUCAGAUGUUGUGUUUGAAGUUGAGCUCAAUAAAGACAGAGUUGAGGUCAAAUGGCUGAGGAACAACAUGACCGUUGUUCAAGGUGAUAAGUACCAGAUGAUGAGCGAGGGUAAGAUUCACAGGCUUCAAGUAUGUGAAAUCAGGCCACGUGAUCAAGGCGAGUACAGAGUCAUUGCCAAGGACAAAGAUGCCAGAGCCAAGCUUGAGCUUGCUGCCAUGCCAACAAUUAAAACCUUGGAUCAAGACCUGGUGACAGAUGCUGGAAAGCCAUUUGUUAUGGCAGUUCCUUACAAUGCUUACCCGCAUGCUGAGGCUGAGUGGUUCUACAAUGACAUCAGUCUUCCAAAAGAAAAUGUUAACACUUCUGUUGACAGGACGGAAUAUAGGUUGAAGGACCCAAAGAAGUCAGAGGAAGGUCGCUAUAAAAUCCUCAUCCAAAACAAACAUGGAAAAGGAGAGGCUUUUAUAAACCUAAAAGUUAUUGAUGUUCCUGGGCCUGUGAAGAACCUUCAAGUUGUUGACACUGCUGAUGGUGAGGUCAGCAUUGCAUGGGAAGAGCCAGAGAGUGACGGUGGCAGCAAGAUCUUGGCUUAUGUGGUUGAAAGACGUGAUAUCAAACGUAAGACCUGGACCAUGGCCACUGACUGUGCCGAUAGCACAGAGUACUGUGUAACUGGUUUGCAGAAAGACUCCAAGUACCUGUUCCGUGUCUGUGCACGUAACCGAAUCGGAAGUGGGCCCAAUGUUGAGACAGAUAAAGCUGUUCAAGCUAAGAAUAAGUUUGAUGUUCCUGAUCCACCGCAGAAUGUUAUUGUUGGAAAUGUCAACAAGUUUGGUGCCACAGUCUCCUGGGAACCACCACUGUUCGAUGGUGGAUCGGAGAUCACAUCAUACAUUAUUGAGCUGCGUGAUAGAACUUCUGUAAGCUGGUCUCCAGCCAUGGUGACCAAACCACAUGAACGCUCAGCUAUUAUUAAUGAUGUUAUUGAGAACAAAGAAUACAUCUUCCGUGUUAAGGCUGAGAACAAGGCUGGAAUUGGCAAACCAAGUGCGGCCACUAACCCAGUGAAGAUCAUGGACCCUAUUGAGAGGCCGAGCCCUCCACUGAAUUUGACACACUCUGAACAGACAAAGGACUCCUGUCUGUUGACAUGGGAGACUCCCUUAAAAAAUGGAGGCACACCAAUCACUGGCUACAUCAUUGAGAGAUGUGAAGAAGGCACAGACAAGUGGCUUAGAUGCAAUGCCAGGCUUUGGCAGGACCUGGUCUACCGGAUUUCAGGCCUGAAAUUUGGAACAAAAUACAGCUAUAGAGUACUCGCUGAGAAUGCAGCCGGCCAGUCUGACCCCUCAAAUAUGGUUGGGCCCGUGUUGGCAGAUGAUCCCCACUUUGCACCUACUCUGGACCUGAGCGCAUUUAAGGAUGGUCUAGAGGUUAUUGUCCCUAAUCCUCUUACAAUUCGUGUCCCUAUCACUGGGUACCCGGUGCCCACAGCAAAGUGGACAUUUGGUGAAAAUGCACUUACAGCUGGUGACCGUGUGUCCAUGGUUACAAAGUCAACCUUCACAGAGCUCAUUGUAACCCCAAGUGUGCGCCCUGACAAAGGCACAUACUCCUUGACAUUGGAAAAUGAUGUGACCAGUGUCUCAGGAGAGAUUGAAGUUAAUGUCAUUGCCUCUCCAAGUGCACCCAAAGACUUAAAGGUUGCAGAAGUGACCAGAAAGCAUGUCCACUUGAUGUGGGAGGCACCUGAUCAUGAUGGAGGCAGUCCGAUCACAGGCUAUCAGGUUGAAAAGCGUGAGCUUUCCAGAAAGACCUGGGUGAAGGUGAUGGCAGGUUUGCAAGACCAGGAAUAUACAGUCACAGAUGUUUUUGAGGGCAAGGAGUACUUGUUCAGAGUUAUUGCCUGCAACAAAUGUGGCCCUGGAGAGCCCGCCUACAUUGAUGACCCAGUGAACGUGUCUUCACCUGCAACUAUACCAGACCCACCAGAAAAUCUUAAAUGGAGAGACAAGUCUGCUAGCAAGAUCUUCUUGUCAUGGGAACCUCCCAAGUGGGAUGGUGGAACUCCAAUUAAGGGUUAUAUUGUUGACAAAUGUCAACGUGGCACUGACAAGUGGGAACCAUGUGGAGACCCAGUUCCUGAUCUUAAGUUUGAAGUGACUGGUCUCACUGAAGGACAGUGGUAUGCUUAUCGUGUGAGGGCUUUGAACAAACUGGGUGCCAGUAAGCCUUGCAAGGCGACAGAUGAGAUUUUGGCCGUUGAUCCUAAAGAGCCUCCAGAGAUUCAACUUGAUGCAAAACUGCUGGCUGGCCUCACUGCUAAGGCUGGAACAAAGAUUGAACUUUCUGCUGACAUCACAGGAAAACCAGAGCCUAAAGUCAAAUGGACCAAGGCUGACCUAGUCCUGAAGCCAGAUGAUAGAAUCUCAAUUGAUACCAAGCCUGGCCACUCAACUGUGUCCAUUGCGAAGACCAAUAGAGAUGAUACCGCUACAUACAUCAUUGAGGCAGUCAACAGCAGUGGCCGUGCAACUGCAACAGUUGAUGUCAACAUUCUAGAUAAACCUGGUCCUCCAGCUGCCCUUGAUAUCUCUGAAAUCACCAAUGAGUCCUGCUUUUUAGCCUGGAAUCCUCCAAGAGAUGAUGGUGGCUCAAAAGUGACAAACUACAUUAUUGAGAGGAGGGCUGUAGACAGUGAAAUCUGGUACAAGUUGUCCUCAACUGUGAAGCAGACCACCUACAGGGCCACCAAACUUGUGGCUUUCAAGGAAUAUGUCUUUAGGGUCUAUGCUGAAAAUCAGUUUGGAGUUGGUGCCCCAGCAGAACAUGCCCCAAUAACUGCCAAAUACCCCUUUGAUACUCCUGGCCCUCCAUACAAAUUGGAGCCAUCUGAUAUUGCUAAGGAUGCAGUAACUCUGUCUUGGUAUGAGCCUGAUGAUGAUGGUGGAAGUCCUAUUACUGGAUAUUGGGUUGAGAGAUAUGAGCCUGAGCACGACAAAUGGAUCAGAUGCAACAAGCUGCCUGUCACGGACACAAACUUUAGGGUAAAAGGACUGCCAACAAGAAAGAAGUAUAAGUUCCGUGUUUUGGCAGAGAAUCUUGCUGGACCUGGCAAACCAAGCAAAGAGACAGACCAGCUUUUGAUUAAAGAUCCAAUAGAUCCCCCAUGGGCCCCUGGUAAGCCCACUGUUAAGGAUGUGGCCAAAACAACUGCCUUCCUACAAUGGACAAAACCUGAACAUGACGGUGGUGCAAAAAUUGAGUCUUACAUCAUUGAACUCCUUAAGAGUGGAACUGACGAGUGGGUUCGUGUAGCUGAUGGUAUCCUCUCUCUUGAGUACUUCCUGAAAGGAUUGAUGGAGAAGCAAGAGUACUCAUUCCGUGUCAGAGCUGUCAAUGCAGCCGGCGAGAGUGAACCUAGUGAACCAAGUGAUCCAGUGCUCUGCAAGGAGAGACUCAAUCCUCCAUCACCUCCAAGAUGGCUUGAAGUGGUUUCUAGUAGCAGGAACAGCGCUGAUUUGAAAUGGACAGCACCUGAGAGAGAUGGUGGCUCUCCAAUCACAAACUACAUUAUUGAGAAGAGAGAUGUCAGACGCAAGGGCUGGCAGGCUGUGGACACCACUGUGAAAGAGCUGAAGUACACUGUCACCCCACUGAAUGAGGGGUCUCUCUAUGUUUUCCGUGUUGCUGCAGAGAAUGCUGUGGGACCCAGUGAAUUUUGUGAACUUGUAGACUCUGUUCUCGCCAAAGAUACUUUUAGUACCCCUGGACCUCCAUAUAAUCUGACCAUUACUGAUAUCUCCAAGACUCAUGUUGAUCUGAAAUGGGAAGCACCUAAGAAUGAUGGUGGAAGACCUGUCUUGAGAUAUGUCGUUGAGAAGAAGGAGAAACUUGGUACCCGCUGGGUGAAAUCAGCAAAGACUUCAGGUCCUGACUGCCAUUACAGAGUGACUGAUGUAAUUGAGGGCACUGAAGUGCAGUUCCAAGUCUCUGCUGAAAACGAGGCUGGAGUUGGUCACCCAAGUGAACCCACGGAUAUUGUGAUCAUUGAGGACCCAACAGGCCCACCAUCACCCCCUCAGGAACUGCAUGUCACUGAGGCAGCCAGAGAUCAUAUUUGUAUUGCUUGGAAGGCACCAGAAAAUAAUGGAGGAAGUCCCAUUAUUGGCUACCAUAUUGAGCUUUGUGAGACUGGAACCGAGAAGUGGAUGAGAGUCAACUCUCGUCCUGUCAAAGAGCUCAAAUACAGGGCAGGGGAUGAAGAGGGCAUUGUUCCUGAGAAGCAGUAUACCUUCAGAGUCCGUGCUGUCAAUUCUCUUGGUGCCAGUGAGCCCUCUGACAUUUCUGAGAAUGUAUAUGCCAAAGAUUCUGACUGUAGCCCAAUCCUUGACUUCCAGACCAAGGAUCUUGUUGUUGUAGAGGGUGAAAAGAUGCACCUCCCAAUUCCAUUUAGGGCUGUGCCAUCACCUAAGAUUACAUGGCACAAAGAUGGAAAUGAAAUGAAAACUGAUGACAGAACUUUCUUCAGAGUUGAAUACACAUCGUGCCAUCUGGAAAUUCCAAGCUGCUUACACGCUGAUGCUGGCCAGUACAAAGUAACCUUGGAGAACAGCAAUGGUUCAACUAGUGGAACAAUCAAUGUUAAAGUUAUAGGUCUUCCCGGGCCAUGUAAAGAAAUUGUUGCUAGUGAGAUUACCAAGAGCACCUGCAAGGUGUCCUGGGAUCUUCCAGACUAUGAUGGAGGUAGCCCUAUUCUCCACUAUGUCCUACAACGCAGAGAAGCAGGCAGGAGAACCUAUGUGAAUGUUAUGUCUGGAGAAAACAAAGUUAGCUGGCCCGUAAAGGAUCUCAUUCAAAAUGGAGAGUAUUACUUCCGUGUCAGAGCUGUCAACAAGAUUGGUGGUGGUGAAUUCAUUGAGCUUCGCAACCCUGUAAUUGCUGAAGAUCAGAAGCAACGUCCUGACGCACCCGUCGAUGUGGAAACACACAACCCAACUUCUGAGAGUCUGACCCUUACUUGGAAGCCUCCCAUGUAUGAUGGUGGUAGCAAAAUUAUGGGUUACAUUCUUGAGAAGAUGAUGAAAGGGGAAGAGAACUUUCAGAGAUGCAAUGACUUCCUUGUGCCAGUGCUGUCCUAUACUGUUAAGGGGUUGACGCAAGGAAAACAAUAUCAGUUCCGUGUACGUGCUGAAAAUGCAGCUGGUAUCAGUGAUCCUUCACGCAGCACACCUUUGAUCAAAGCCACAGAUGCAAUUGAUCGUCCAAAGGUAUUCCUUAGCGGUAGUCUACAAUCAGGCUUGAAUGUAAAACGAGGUGAGGAGAUCCGAUUGGAUGCCAAUAUCUCUGGAUUCCCUUACCCUCAAAUUACAUGGAUGAAGAACAAUGCAACCAUUUGGCCAGAACCACUGAAGAAGAGACCAGAAAGGCCCAUUAAGAAGAAGAAGGAGAAAGAAAAAGAAAAAGAGGAAAAAAAGGAGGCUGAUGCAGAAAAAAAAGAGGCAGAUGCAGAAAAGAAAGAGGCAGAUGCAGAAAAGAAGGAAGAAGACAAAGAAGCAAAGAAGGAGGAGGACAAGGAAAAGGAGAAAGUAAAAGAAAAGGAGGUGGAGGAACCUGAGGAGCCUGAAGAAGCAUACCACCCAAGCUUAAAUGAACGGCUUACCAUUGAAUCCAAGAGGAAGGGUGAAUCCUUCAUUAUUGUAAAAGAUACUGUCAGAGGCGAUCAUGGUGUUUUCACCAUAAAAGUGGAAAAUGAUCAUGGUGUUGCCUCUGUCUCCUGUGAAGUCAAUGUCCUUGAUACUCCUGGACCUCCAGUCAAUUUCAAAUUUGUAGAUGUAAGGAAGAACUCAAUCCUCUGUAAGUGGGAUCCUCCUCUGGAUGAUGGUGGUAGUGAAAUCCUUAACUACAUAUUGGAACAAAAAGAUAACUCCAAGGUGGAACUUGGAUGGGUCACUGUAACCUCAAUCCUUAGAGGCUGUAAAUUUCAAGUUCCAAAACUUAUUGAGGGCAAGGAGUACCUCUUCCGUGUCACAGCAGAGAAUAAGUAUGGUCCUGGAACCCCAUGCAUCUCCAAACCCAUCAUUGCAAAGAAUCCAUUCGAUCCUCCAGAUGCGCCGGAGAAACCUGAAAUUAAGGAUUCCACAGCCAGCAGUAUGCUUGUUACCUGGACAGAACCCAGUGACAAUGGCAGCCCCAUUGAAGGAUACUGGGUAGAGAAACGAGAAAUUAACAGCACACACUGGUCAAGAGUCAAUCGCACCAUGGUUCCUGAUUUGGAAAUAAAUGUAGAGGGCCUUUUGGAGGGUCUAACAUAUAUUUUCAGAGUCUGUGCAGAAAAUGUAGCAGGACCUGGAAAGUUCAGCCCCCCGUCAGAACCAAAAACAGCACAGGCACCAAUCAGGCCCCCAGGUCCACCAAUUCCAAGAAUUGUAGACACCUCAGACUAUUCAAUUGAUGUUGAAUGGGAUCCUCCUGCAGACAAUGGUGGCGCAGACAUCUUUGGUUAUCAUGUUGACAAAGUUGUUGCUGGUACCAAAGACUGGUCACGAGCCACAGAGAGACCAUGGAAGAACCACGCAUUUACAGUGUAUGGUGUUAGAGAAGGUGCUAAGUAUAUUGUCCGUGUUGUGGCAGUCAAUUGUGCUGGUGAAGGACAACCAGGUUUGACUGAUGCAGUAAUUGUGAGAAACCCUGCAGAGGUUCCAGUCAUCGAGAUUGAUAUCUCAGUGAAAAAUGGUGUUGUUGUUAGAGCUGGAGAGAUGCUGAGAAUUCCAGCACAUGUGACUGGUAGACCUUUUCCAUCUUUGAAAUGGACAAAGGAUGAUGGUAAAUUAGAAAAAGAUCGUAUGGAGGUAGAGGAAGCUGGAAAGGACAGCACUCUUGUUAUUAAAACCACAAAGAGAAGUGAUCACGGCAAAUACCAAAUCCAAGCAGCAAAUCCAAGUGGUAUCAAGUCUGCAUGGGCCAGGGUUGAAAUUAUGGAUGUUCCUGGACCAGUUCUUGACCUGAAACCUGUUGUGGUUACCAGAAAGCUAAUGAUGUUGAAUUGGUCAGAUCCUGAAGAUGAUGGUGGUAGUGAUCUAACAGGGUUUAUCAUUGAAAGGAGGGAACCAAAGAUGCACACAUGGAGACAACCUAUUGAGACUGCUUCAUCCAAAUGUGAGAUCGUAGGUAUUACUGAGGGACAGGAAUACAUUUUCCGUGUUGUGGCUAAGAACAAGUAUGGAUGUGGACCUCCAGUUGAUCUCGGACCUAUCCUUGCUGUGGAUCCUCAAGGUCCACCAACUUCUCCUGAAAAGUUCCACUAUACCGAGCGGACCAAAUCUUCUGUUACUAUUGAAUGGAGGCCACCUCGUAAUGAUGGUGGUAGUCCAAUCCUUGGCUACAUCAUUGAGAAAAAGCGACAAGAUCAACCAGCCUUCCAGCGUGUCAACCCAGAGUUGCUGACUGCUCAAAUUUUGACAGUUGAAGACCUUGAUGAGUUGCAUAUGUAUGAGUUCCGUGCAAAGGCUGUCAAUGCAUUUGGUGAAAGUGAGCCAUCUAUAACCAUGACUGUUGUCAUUCAAGAUGAUGAAGUGGCUCCAAGUCUUCAUAUGUUAAAGCACUUCAAGGGUGAUUUGAUCCAAGUAAGGAAAAACGAACCUAUUGAGAUGCCCGCUGAAGUCACAGGCCUGCCAAUGCCAAAGAUUGAAUGGCUGAAGGAUGAUGUUGUUAUUGACAAGUCAACUGAGAAACUCCUGAUAGAAACCAAAGAGAUUGAUAGGGUGACAUCACAUACAAAACUCUCCAUCCCUGGUGUUACUAGAUUGGACAAGGGCACAUACACAGUUACUGUUUCAAAUCGUUUGGGAACUCUCAGUCAUUCCAUCACAGUGGAAGUGUUGGAUCGCCCAACACCACCAAGAAACAUUGCUGUUUCAAAUAUCCAAGCUGUGUCUUGCAAACUGACCUGGGAUGCCCCAUUGGAUCUUGGUGGUAGUGAACUUACCAACUACAUUGUUGAGAUGAAAGACCUUAAUGGUGAAGAUCCUGAAAAGGCAGAGUGGGUGCAGGUUACUAACUCCAUUAUCGAGAAGCAUUAUGGGGUAUGGAACCUGGAAACUGGUGGAAACUAUAAAUUCAGAAUCAAAGCUGAGAAUAAAUAUGGAAUAAGUGAGGCCUGUGAAACAGAGGAGGUUCAGAUUAAGGAUCCUUUUGCUCUGCCUGGCCCACCUGAGAAGGUCACUAUUGCUGAGCGCUCUAAGACCCAUAUGUUACUGACAUGGGAACCACCUAGGGAUAGUGGUGGUUCUAUGAUUACUGGCUACUGGCUUGAGAAGCGUGAAAAGGGCACUUCCUAUUGGUCUCGCGUGAAUAAGAUCCUUGUGUCAAAACGUGGCACAAAAGGCUGGGAAUACCAGGUUACCCGUCUCAUAGAGGGAACGGAGUAUGAAUUCCGUGCAAUGGCUUGUAAUUCUGCUGGUAUUGGACCACCUAGUGCCAUUUCUGAGUCUGCUGUUGCUGACGAUCCCUUGACUCCACCUAGCAUGCCAGCAGCUCCUGAGAUUGCUGACAAAACCAAGCAUAAUGUCACCCUUGCAUGGACCCCACCAGAUAAAGAUGGUGGCCGCCCCAUCAAAGGUUACAUCAUUGAGAUCCAGGAUGAAGGCACUUCUGAGUGGGCCAGGAUCAAUGAUGCUGAAAAUCUGCAUCCUUCUACUGUGUUCACCGUUCCAAACCUCCCAGAACUUAAGAAAUACAGAUUCAGAAUCAUUGCAGUCAAUGAAAUUGGCGAGUCUGAGCCAAGCCCCAGAACCACUGAAGUUCGCAUAGAGGACGUUCAAACUGCACCAAAGAUCUUCAUGGAUAUCAGUGCUCCUGAACUGCUCUGUAUCCGUGCUGGAACUCCAUUUAAGAUUCCUGCUACCAUCACAGGACGUCCUGUUCCUAAAGUCACAUGGGAGUUUGAUGGCAAAGCAAAGACAGAAAAGAAGGAUCGUCUUCAUGUCUUGCCAGUGGAUUCACAGGUUGAAUCUACCGACACUACCUCAGUUAUUACAAUUCCUGUGAGUUUGAGAAGCCAUUCUGGCAGGUACACAAUUACAGCAAAGAACAAAUCAGGACAGAAGCAUGUCAACAUCAGAGUAAAUGUGCUUGAUGUUCCUGGAGCACCCAAAGAGCUCAAAGUUACUGAUGUCACCAGAUCCACAAUGAGACUUAUUUGGAAACUGCCAGAUAAUGAUGGUGGUGAGAGAAUCAAGAGUUAUUUUAUUGAAAAGAAGGCUGUGAAUGGAAAGGCUUGGACAGUUGCCAACCCUACUUGUGCCAGCAUGGCCUUUGUUGUGUCCAACCUCCUCGAGGGACAGGACUACUUGUUCCGUGUUCGUGCUGAGAAUCGCCUUGGUUUUGGACCGUUUACCCAGACCACAGAACCUGUUAGAGCAAGGGAUCCUAUCUAUCCUCCUGAUCCUCCUACCAAGGUGAAAAUUAAUCUAGUUACCAAGAACACUGUGACCCUGACAUGGGUGCCUCCCAAGAAUGAUGGUGGAGCACCAGUAAAACAUUAUAUCAUUGAGAGGCUGAGCUGGGAUACUAGUGGUCCACAAAAAGAGACGUGGAAACAGUGUAACAAGAGAGAUGUUGAAGAGACUACCUUCAUUGUUGAAGACCUUAAGGAAGGUGGCGAGUAUGAGUUCCGUGUUAAAGCUGUGAAUGAAGCUGGCGCAAGCAGACCCUCUGUUACUGCUGGACCAGUUGUCAUUAAGGACCAGACAUGUGCUCCAAGUAUUGAACUUAGAGAGGCUUUAGAAGGUGCAGAAGGAUACGAUGUCAAUAUUGUUGCCAGGAUUCAAGGCUGUCCAUUCCCAUCUCUUGUCUGGCACAAGGCUCCACAGGAAAAACCUGAUGACAAAGCACUUGUACAGUAUGACAAACAUGUCAAUAAACUUGUUUCUGAUGAGAAAUGCACCCUGUUAAUUCAGCAGUCAAAGAGAGAUGACAGCGCCAUAUACACUCUCACAGCCACCAACAGUUUGGGAACAGCCACCAAGAGUAUCAAGCUUAGUAUUUUGGGACGUCCUGGUGUACCUGUAGGCCCAAUUAAGAUUGGUGAGAUUUUUGCUGAAAGGAUUGGCCUCUCCUGGAAUCCACCAUUGGAUGAUGGCGGUUCCAAGAUUACAAACUAUGUCGUUGAAAAGCGUGAGGAAAACAGAAAAACAUGGGUCCAUGUCUCUAGUGAUCCAAAGGAAUGCCAAUACACUGUACAAAGGCUAACAGAGGGCCAUGAGUAUGAGUUCCGUGUUAUGGCUCAGAAUAAAUAUGGAGUUGGACCACCUUUGUACAGUGAACCUGAGAAAGCACGUAACCUUUUCACUGUGCCUGGCCAAUGUGAGAAGCCAACUGUCACAGAUGUUUCACUUGAAUCUAUGACCGUUAAUUGGGAUGAACCAGAAUAUGAUGGUGGCUCUCCAGUAACUGGAUACUGGCUAGAGCGUAAGGAAACUACAGGCAAGCGCUGGACAAGAGUGAAUCGUGAACCUAUCAGAAUCAGAACUCUAGGAGUUUCCCAUAUUGUGACAGGCCUCUUGGAGGGUGCUAUCUACCAGUUCCGCGUUCUUGCAAUUAAUGCUGCUGGAAGUGGCCCACCAAGUUUGCCUUCUGAUCCUGUUGCAUGUAGAGAUCCCAUAGCACCUCCAGGACCUCCAACACCAAAUGUAACGGACUGUACAAAGUCAACUGUUGAUCUUGAAUGGAUUCCUCCACUUGUUGACGGUGGAUCUAAGAUCACAGGAUAUUUUGUUGAGUACAAAGAAGAAGGACAAGAGGAAUGGGAGAAGGUUAAAGACAAGGAAAUCAGAGGCACCAGGUUUGUUGUUCCUGGACUUAAAGAGCUUGGACUCUACAGAUUUAGAGUGAGAGCUGUAAAUUCUGCAGGUGUGGGAGAACCUGGCGAGGUUUCUGAUGUGAUUGAAGUCAAGGAUAGGACAAUUCCCCCUGAGGUAGACCUGGAUGCAACUGUCAAGGAAAAGAUUGUUGUACAUGCUGGUGGGGUAAUCCGCAUCCUUGCCUAUGUGUCAGGAAAGCCUGCACCAGAGAUUAUUUGGAAUAGAGAUGAUGGUGAUUUGCCAAAGGAGGCUGCUAUUGACGUCACUUCUAUAAGUUCAGCUUUGGUUAUCAAAAAUUGCAGGAGACAACACCAAGGCAUUUAUACAUUGACUGCCAAGAAUGCAGGUGGAGAGAGGAAGAAAGCAGUCAUUGUUGAAGUGCUGGAUGUUCCUGGCCCUGUGGGUCUGCCCUUCUCUGGUGAGAACCUCACCAAUGACUCCUGCAAGUUAACAUGGUACUCUCCUGAAGAUGAUGGUGGCUCAGCUAUCACCAACUAUAUAAUUGAGAAAAGAGAAGCUGACCGCAGAGGCUGGACUUCAGUGACAUAUACUGUCACGAGACACAAUGCUGUUGUCCAGGGUCUUAUUGAUGGCAAGGGUUACUUUUUCAGAAUUGCGGCUGAAAAUAUUAUUGGACUGGGUCCGUUCACUGAGACCUCAGCUCCUGUCAUCAUCAAGGAUCCACUUUCUGUACCUGAGCGCCCAGAAGAUCUUGAGGUGACAGCCAUCACAAAUGAUUCAAUUAGCAUCGCAUGGAGACCUCCGAAGUAUGAUGGAGGUUCAGACAUUACAAGCUAUGUUCUUGAGGUUCGUCUUAUUGGACAGGACAACUUCAGCCGUAUUGCCAUAGAGGACAAACUUAUGGAACGUAAAUUCACACACGUGGGUCUUAAAGAAGGUUCUUCUUACGAAUUCCGAGUUAGUGCUGUGAAUCAAAUUGGUCAAGGCAAACCAUCGUUCAGCACCAAACCAGUUACAUGCAAAAAAGAGUUUGAACCACCAAACCUUGAUCUUGAGUUCCGUGACAAGCUUGUUGUUCGUGUUGGGGAAAUUUGCACUCUUCAAAGUGGGUACUCAGGAAAACCAGAACCAACUAUUAAAUGGUUCAAAAAUGAUGAGGAGCUUCAGGCAAAUGAAGAAAUUGCUCUCACCAGCACAAAGAAUAAAUUGUGCUUGACUAUUGCAAAGGCAAAACGUGAUGACAGUGGAAAUUACACUGUUGUUCUGGAGAACUCCAUUGGCUCACGCAAGGGCAUAUGUAAUGUUAUUGUUGUCGACCGUCCACAACCUCCAGAGGGUCCUGUUAUCUUUGACGAGAUCUACAGGAAUUAUAUGCUCAUUUCCUGGAAGCCCCCACUGGAUGAUGGUGGAGCUGCUAUUUCUAACUAUAUUGUCGAAAAGAGAGACACCAACAGGGAUCUAUGGAUGCCUGUUACAGAAUCUUGCACAAGGACAUCAUGCAGAGUUCCAAAACUGAUAGAGGGAAGAGAGUACAUCAUUAGAAUCUGUGCUCAGAAUAUUCAUGGCAUUAGUGAUCCAUUGCUAUCUGCUGAGACAAAAGCAAAGGAUGUUUUCAAGGUUCCAGAUGCUCCACAGGCACCUGUGGUAAAAGAAAUCUAUAAAGAUACAGCACUGAUUUCAUGGCUACAGCCAGCUGAUGGUGGAAAACCAAUCACAAGCUACAUUGUUGAAAAGAAGGAAACCAAGGCCAACAUGUGGUCUAGAGCUGGAAAAGAUUGCAUUUAUCCUAACACAGAAUACUGGGUUCCUGAUCUUCUCAAGGGAUGUGAAUAUGAAUUCCGUGUCAUGGCAGAGAAUGUGAUUGGUGUUGGUGACCCCAGCCCACCAUCAAAGCCCAUCUAUGCCAAAGAUCCUAUUGUGAUUCCAAGCCCACCUGUACUUCCAGUAGCCAUUGACAAGACAAAAGAUUCUGUGACUCUUUCUUGGCAACCACCAAAAGACUGUGGCAGAGGCAAAAUUUUUGGCUAUCUUGUUGAGUAUCAGAAAGCUGGUGAUGAGGAUUGGUUUCAAGUUAAUCAAACACCUGACUCUUGUCAGGGCACUACAUUCAAGGUUAUCAACCUUGAGGAUGGUGAACUUUACAGAUUUAGAGUGAAGGCAGUGAACGCUGCUGGUGAAUCUGAUCCUGCAUAUGUCCCAGAGCCUGUUCGUGCACAAGACAGACUUGAGCCCCCAGAACUUCAACUGGAUUUGGGCAUGCCUCGUGAGAUCAAAGCAUUGGCUGGAACCCAUAUUAAUAUUAUUGCUGGAAUUAAAGGAAUACCUUUCCCCAAAGUCCAAUGGAACAAAAAUGAGGCAGAUGUUCCAACAAGAGUAGAGAUUGAAACAUCUGGAACAGCAACCAAAUUAGAGAUGCGUUAUUGCACCCGUGCAGACUGUGGAGAUUACACACUUGCUGUUGAAAAUCCAGCUGGAUCAAAGACAGCCACAUGCACCGUGCUUGUUCUUGACAAGCCUGGACCAGUUCACCAUCUCAGAGUAUCUGAUGUCAGAUGUGAUUCUGCCCAGCUGUCUUGGAAAGACCCAGAAGAUAAUGGUGGUGUACGCAUCACUAACUUUGUUGUUGAGAAAAAGGAUGCAGCAUCUGCACAAUGGGUGCCAGUCUGCUCAUCUUCCAAAAAACGUAGCAUGAUGGCCAAACAUUUGAUUGAGGGAACGUCAUACAUGUUCCGUGUGGCAGCUGAAAAUCAGUUUGGAAGAAGUGAAUAUGUUGAGACACCAAAAGCUAUUAAAGCAAUGAAUCCACUAUUCCCACCUGGUCCACCUAAAGACCUGCAUCAUGUAGAUGCUGACAAAACUGAGGUGUGGCUCCAGUGGAAUUGGCCUGAUCGUACAGGAGGAAGUGACAUCACAGGGUUCUUGGUUGAGUACCAAGAAGAAGGUGAAAGGGAUUGGGUAGUUUUUAAGACUGUCAGCAUUCCUGAGUGCCAUGUGACUGGACUGGAAGAAGGAAAGACCUACAGGUUCCGUGUUAAGACAGAAAAUGCAAUUGGUUUAAGUAGACCAGACACCACUGUGCCAGUACUUUGCCAGGAAAAACUAGUGGCACCAAUUGUUGAAGUGGAUGUGAAGUUGAUAGAGGGAAUCAUUGUGAAAGCUGGAAGCACUAUUAGAUUACCUGCCAUUAUGAGAGGCCUUCCAGUUCCCACUGCCAAAUGGGUCAUUGAUGGAGAGGAAAUAAAAAGUGAAGGCAAUAUUAAAAUUGAAACUGACAACUUCUCCACAGUUCUAAGCAUUGCCGAUUGCACUAGAAAUCACACUGGAAUCUAUAUUCUCACAGUGUCUAACUCAGCAGGAAGCAAAACUGUUUCUCUGAAUGUCACAGUGCUUGAUGUGCCAGCUGCUCCAAUAGGUCCUGUAAAUAUCCUUGAAGUGACUCCUGAUUCCAUGGUCAUUGAAUGGCGUCCUCCCAAAGAGGAUGGAGGAAGCCCUGUCAUGAACUAUAUUGUUGAGAAGAGGGAAUCAAAUAAGGAAACUUGGGGAGGAGUAAGUUCUGGCAGCACUUCCACAAUGCUCAAAAUUUCUCGUCUGCAGCAAGGAGUUGAGUAUGUUGUGAGAAUUCGUGCUGAAAAUAAAAUGGGAAUUGGCGCAGCUCUUGAAAGUGCACCAACUGUAGCCCGGCACCAGUUUGAGGCCCCUGGCCAUCCUGGAAAACCAGUCGCAUCUGAUAUUUCUGAAGAUGCUCUCACACUUGGAUGGACAAUGCCUCUAUUUGAUGGUGGUAGUCCAAUCAGUGGUUAUAUUAUUGAGCGAAGACAUAAAGGAGGAAAAUGGAUUAGAGUGAAUAAAACACCUUGCAAGGACCUUAGAUACAGAGUGCUUGGGCUUUUUGAAGAUAAUGAAUAUGAGUUCAGAGUGUUUGCUGAAAAUAUUGCUGGCUUUAGUGGACCUUCGCCUAUCUCAGAUCCUGCCAAACCUUGCAGACCAAUUACUGUUCCAGGACCUCCAGUGAACCCUAAGGUAAAGGACUACAGUUGCACAUAUGCUGACUUAGUCUGGAUCAGACCCACAAGAGACGGAGGCAGUCCAGUUUUAGGAUAUAUUGUUGAAUACCAGAAGGGAGGUGCUGAGUGGGAGAAAGUAAAUAAGGAUGAUCUGAUUAAACAGUGUGCUUAUAGAGUAAAAGGAUUGACAGAGGGUAUGGAAUAUAGGUUCCGUGUUAAAGCUGUAAAUAUGAUUGGAGAAGGUGAGACCAGGGAAAUUCCAGAAUCAGUUAUUGCUAAGGAUAUUGUCAUUCCGCCGGAAAUUGAGGUGGAUGCCACAUGCCGUGACCAUGUGACUGUUCGUGUUGGGCAUAACAUUAAUGUUGUAGCAUAUGUAAAAGCAAGACCUGAUCCAGAAAUCACUUGGAGCAAAGGUGAAAGUGUUUUGGAAAAGGACAAGCGCACAACUCUGACAAACAACUUUCCAGUAUUGCAAAUGCGUAUCAAGGAAGCAACCAGAGCAGAUCAUGGAAAGUAUAUACUAAAAGCUGUAAAUGAAGCUGGAGAGGCCUCAGCUACUAUUACUGUAAAUGUUCUGGAUAGACCUGGGCACUGCCAAAAUCUUAAGUUGACCUAUGUAAAUAAAAACUCUUGCAUGGUGUCCUGGGAUGCACCCGAGGACAAUGGAGGCACUGAGAUAACAAAUUACAUUGUGGAAUGUCGGGAGCCAAGUAUACGAGCCUGGUCAAUGAUCUCAUCUGAUUGCACAAAUCGCAUGGUAAAGGCUAAGCUCAUGGAAAAUCAUGAAUAUUUAUUCCGUGUAUCUGCCGAGAACAAGUGUGGUCCUGGGCCAGCAACAGAAACCAAAAUUCCCAUCCUUGCAAUCGACCCACUUCAGAAGCCAGGUGAGCCAGAGAACUUCCACGUCAGUGAUAUUGGUAAAAACUUUGUUUGCCUUAAAUGGAGAAAACCAGAUUAUGAUGGUGGAAGUCCUAAUCUGGGCUACUAUUUGGAGAAAAAAGCAAAGGAUGCUGAAGAGUGGGAGAAGGUACAUGAAGGAGUCCUGAAAGAGACAUUCUUCAUGGUAGACAAAUGUGUUGAAAACCACACAUAUCAAUUUAGAGUCCAGUCAACAAAUGAUGGAGGAGAAAGUUUCUGGGUUAGGACAUCUGAUAUUAUUGUCAAAGAAGAAGUUCAGAAACCAGUUCUUGACCUGAAAUUUGUUGGUACUAUUGUGGUCAAAGCGGGUGAGUCAGUUAGACUUGAAGCUGGACUUAGAGGAAAACCACAGCCUGAGGUUACAUGGGUCAAGGAAAAGACUACAGGCGAUAACCCAAGGAUCAGCAUUGACACUGGACAUGAUUACUCCAAAUUCCUCCUUACUAAAACCAAGCGUAAUGAUACUGGAAAAUAUGUAGUCACUGCUACAAACUCAGCAGGAUCAUUCACAGCAUAUGCCAAUGUUACCGUUUUGGAUAUACCAGGACCUGUCAGAGAUUUGAAGAUUUCUGGAAUUUCCACAGACAAGUGCAGAGUUGUAUGGGAUCCUCCAGAGGAUGACGGUGGUUGUGAGGUGGACAGCUAUAUUCUAGAGAAAUGUGAGACAAGAAGAAUGGUUUGGUCCACUUACUCUGCCUCUGUUGUCACCAAUUACUGUAAUGUAACACGUCUUGUUGAAGGAAAUGAGUAUAUAUUCAGGGUAAGAGCAGAAAACAAGAUGGGAACUGGACCGCCAAUGGAGAGCAAGCCUAUUACUGCUAAGACACAGUACAACAAGCCUGGUCCACCUGAUGCACCUGAGGUAACCAAAAUUGGUAAAGAUGAGAUGACUGUGGUAUGGGCUCCUCCUGAAAAUGAUGGUGGAAAGUCUAUCACUGGUUACAUUCUGGAGAGAAAAGAAAAGCGGGCCGUUCGGUGGGUCCCUGUCACAAAGAGCCCUAUCUCUGAGAGGCGUAUGAAGGUCACCAAUCUGAUCCCUAACCACGAAUAUCAAUUCCGUGUCAAAGCUGAAAAUGAAGUAGGAUUGGGAGAACCAAGCAAACCAUCCAGACCCAUAACUGCAAAAGAUCCAAUUGAGCCCCCUGGACCUCCUGGCAGCCUUAAAGUAGUUGACAGCACAAAGACAUCCAUUACGCUUGGCUGGGUGAAGCCUGUUUACGAUGGUGGUGCUCCAAUUAUUGGAUAUCUGGUUGAAAUGAGGGAUAAGGUGCAAAUGGAAGGUGAACAAGAGAGAGAUCCAGAGGAAGGCUGGAAGAAAUGUAAUACUUCUGGACAGCUAGUCAUAACUGAAUUUACAAUGAUUAACUUGGAUGAGAGACAGGAAUAUGAAUUCCGAGUGUCUGCUCAAAACCAAAUUGGCAUGGGCCGUCCUGCAAAUCUUAAGGAUGCUGUAUCACCAAAGGAGAUCCAUGAAACUCCAGAGAUUGAUCUUGAUGCUGGUUUAAGAAAAGGCCUUAGCGUAAGAGCAGGGUGUCCUAUCAGACUUUUUGCAACAAUUAGAGGAAGACCAGCACCUAAAGUGACAUGGAAGCGCAUGGGUGUUGACAAUGUCAUUAGGAAGGGCCAUGUGGAUCAGAUUGAUACAAUGACCUUCCUUGUGAUUCCCGAGUGCUCACGUGAAGACUCUGGCAAAUAUUCUUUGACUCUUUCUAACCCCUCUGGAGAAAAGGCUGUAUUUGUUCGUGUUAAAGUCUUAGAUACUCCUGGUCCUGUUGGUGGACUGGAGGCAACUGACAUCACCAAGACAUCCUGCCAGCUUGCAUGGUUGCCUCCAGAAAAUGAUGGUGGUAGCCCAAUCUUAAAUUAUGUUGUUGAGAAGCGUGAAGUUGAUAGGAAGACAUGGACAAAUUGCACAAGUGACUUGAAGAAAACAAGCUUCAAAAUCACAACUCUGACGCCAGGGAUAGAAUACUACUUCCGGGUCAUGGCAGUUAACAAGUAUGGCAUUGGGUUGCCUCAAGACUCACCUAAAUCCUACCUCGCUACAGAUCCUAAGAAUGAGCCUGAUCCUCCGAAGAAGAUGGAUAUAUUAGAAAUUACUAAAAACAGUGCAACUCUAGGGUGGCUGAAGCCACUUAGAGAUGGUGGAUCUAAAAUUAAUGGCUACAUUGUUGAAUACCAGCAGGAUGGUCAACCUGAGGACAAGUGGAUAUUAUACUCUGUUGUAAAAGACUUGACAAUUGUUGUAGCUGGACUGAAAGAAAACACUAAGUACAGAUUCAGGGUUGCAGCUAGAAACGAAAUAGGAUGCAGUUUGGCAAGAGAAGCUGAAGGCAUAUUUGAGGUCAAAGAACAGCUGAUGGCACCAAAGAUCAUCAUAUCUGAUGUGGUUACAGCAAGAGCAGGAUCUAAACUUAUAGCUGAGGCUCUUGUGUCUGGGAAGCCUUCUCCAGUCACAAAAUGGAAAAGGGGAAAUGAUGACAUAGUUACAUCAGAUCGUCUCUUUAUACAAAAAACCCCAACCACAAAUUCACUUUUGAUCAAAAAUGUCACAAGGAAGGAUAGUGGUUAUUACAGUCUGUCUGCUGAAAACAGCACCGGGAAGGUCAACCAGAUCCUCAGAAUAAUCAUUCAGGACAUCCCUGGUCCUCCGCAGGGUCCACUACAAAUUCUUGAGUUUGACAUGGAUUCCUGCACACUUGCAUGGGAUUCACCUGCUGAAGAUGGUGGCAGCAACAUCAUAAACUACAUUGUUGAGAAGUGUGAUGUGAGCAGAGGUGAUUGGGUCACAGCGGCAUCUUGCACCAAGACCAGCUGGAGAAUUGGAAAGCUUACACCUGGCAAAGAGUAUGGCUUCCGUGUCCGUGCUGAAAAUCGUUUUGGCAUUUCAGAACCGAUUUACUCUGAGAAAAUGAUUGCUAGACAUCCAUUUGAUCCACCCAGUGAGCCAAGGAACUGUUGUGUCAACAAAAUCAACAAGGAAUCUGUUGUGCUGUCAUGGGAGAGACCAGUGAACGAUGGUGGUAGUCCCAUCACUGGAUAUUGCAUUGAGCGCAAAGAAAGAAAUAGCCUCCUGUGGGUCAAGGCAAAUGAGGUCCUUGUUCACUUAACUGAAUAUACAUGCUCUGGCCUCAUUGAUGGUCUGGAGUACACAUUCAGAGUGUCUGCUGUCAACAAGGCGGGACAAGGCAAACCAAGCAAGCAGACAGAUUUUAUCACUGCAAGAAGUCCAGUUGAUCCACCUGGAAAACCCCAAGUUCUUGAUGUGACCAGAAGUUCUGUCUCUCUUGUCUGGAGCCGUCCGAAACAUGAUGGUGGUAGUAAACUCAUUGGUUAUGACGUUGAAUCUCUGAAGCUUCCAGGUGACAAAUGGGUGCGUGUUAACACAAGCAGUCAAAAUGUACCAAAGGAAGAGUACAUUGUUCUUGGACUUGAGGAGGGAGCCCAAUACAAGUUCAGAAUAAUUGCAAAGACAGCAAUUAAUGUCAGUCUGCCCUCUGAGGAAUCUGAUACUAUCCCAGUUAUUGCAGAGCAUGUUCCACCUAGAGUUGAGAUUAGUCUUGAAAUGAAGAACUUAAUUGUUGUCAAAGCCGGAGCAAAUGUCUCCCUGGAAGCUGAAGUUUUUGGCAAACCAAUGCCAAAGGUCACUUGGAAGAAAGAUGGUGUUCCUUUCAAAUUGGCUGAAGGUAUGAAAAUGACUCAGAAGGUGCAUCGCUUCUGUUUGGAAUUGUUCUCUGUGACAAGAAAGGAAUCUGGAGAGUACACCAUUACUGCUGAGAACCCAAGUGGCGCAAAGUCUGGCAACAUUAAAUUGAAGGUUCUAGACAAACCUGGACCCCCAGCAUCAGUGAAGAUAAGCCAUGUUUUUGCCGACCGGGUGAAACUGAGGUGGGAGCCACCUCUUGCCGAUGGUGGUUCUGAAAUCACAAAUUACAUUGUUGACAAACGAGAAACAAGCAGAGCUAACUGGGCGCAAGUUACCGCUAACAUCAGUGGUCAGAUAACAGACUGUUCUGUGGAGAAACUGAUUGAAGGUCAUGAAUAUGAGUUCCGCAUCAGUGCCGAGAACAAGUAUGGUGUUGGAGACCCAAUUGUGACUAAUUCUGUGAUUGCCAAGAAUCCAUUUGAUGUCCCAGGACCAUGUGAACCUCCAGUUAUUACCAAUAUCACCAGGGAUCACAUGACUGUUAGUUGGAAGGCCCCUGCUGAUGAUGGCAAAGCAACCAUUCUUGGAUACAUGGUUGAGAAGCGUGAAACUCAAGACCUCAAUUGGGCUAAAGUGAAUAGAAAACCAGUUAUUGACAGGACAAUUAAAGCUGGAGGCCUCACAGAGGGAUCAGAGUAUGAAUUCAGAGUCAUUGCACUCAAUAAAGCUGGUCUUGGCAAACCAAGUGAUCCAUCAGCUGGUGUUCUUGCAGUAGACCCAGUGUAUCCUCCUGGCCCGCCUGCUUUUCCAAAGGUUGUUGAUUCUACCCACAGUUCAAUCAGUUUGUCCUGGACCAAACCCGCCUAUGAUGGUGGAUGUGAAAUUCUGGGCUAUCUUGUUGAGUUCAAAAGAGCAGAUGCAGAAGACUGGCUGAAGUGCAAUGUGCCAAAGAAUCUCCAGGCAACAAAAUUUAAUGUUACUGGUCUUAUAGAUAACACUGAGUACCAGUUCCGUGUUACUGCUGUAAACAAGAUUGGAUUUGGUGAGCCAAGUGAAGUUCCUGGAAAACAUAUGGCAAAGGAUAUCCUAAUUGCCCCUGAGGCUGAACUUGAUGCAGAUCUCAGAAAAGCACUAGUUUUACGCGCUGGAGUCACAAUGAGAAUUUAUGUUCCUCUGAGAGGACGUCCUGCUCCAAAGGCAACAUGGACUAAGGUCAAUGCAAACUUGAAAGAAAGACAAGGUCUUAUGAUCAAGACAACUGAAUGGGAUACAUUCCUUAAUUGUGAGGAUAUCAACAGAUAUGAUGCUGGCAAAUAUGUCCUAACUCUAGAAAACAGUAGUGGUACCAAGUCAUAUACCCUUGUUGUCAAAGUACUAGACACACCUGGACCCCCAGUCAAUCUGAUUGUUAAGGAGACCUCAAAGGACCAUGUAUCUAUUACUUGGGAUGCUCCGUUAAUUGAUGGUGGUAGUCCCAUUAAGAGCUAUGUUGUUGAAAAACGUCUGGCUGAGAGAAAGGCUUGGACCUGUGUUGCUCCUGAAUGUCCCAAGACAUCUUUCAGGAUUACUAAUCUUGAAGCUGGAAAAGCGUACUGCUUCAGAGUUUCAGCUGAAAAUAUAUAUGGUAUUGGUGAGGGUUGUGAAACAGCUGGACCAGUCAAAGCCUCAGAGCAACCUGGACCAGUUACAGAUUUUAAACCUUCAGAUAUCAACAAGAGUUCUUGCACUCUUGGCUGGAAGAAACCAAUCAGUGAUGGUGGAAGCCAUAUUGUUGCAUAUGUUCUCGAGCUCUGUGAAGGGGAAGACAAAUGGAAGUUGCUAAUGAAGUCUAAGCUCACCCAGUACACAAUGACUGACCUUGAAGAAGGAAAGGAGUACUUCUUUAGAGUCAAAGCCAUUAAUGAAACAGCUGAAGGACCAUCAUCUGAGCUCACUGUCUUGGCUAAAGAUCAAAUAGUCCUUCCAGACUGUAAUCUUAAAGGUUUGCCAGACUCUACUCAUGUGGCUAAGGAGGGAAGCACUGUUCGUCUUAAUAUCCCUAUUAUUGGUAUCCCAGUUCCUGCAGUCACAUGGAAAAAGGGGGAUGUUACUUUAUUAGAUAGUGGCAGGAUCUCAGUUGAAUCAACGGCAACAAACACUAUCUUGCUGGUUCGUGAUUGCAAUAGAGGUGAUGCUGGCAAAUUCACUAUUAUUUUGAGAAACAGUGCUGGAACAAAGGAAUCGGCUAUUGAAAUUAAAGUUGUUGGAAAACCUGGAAUCUGCACCGGACCCAUCAAAUUUGAUGAAAUCACAGCUGAAGCGAUUACUGUAGAAUGGGGUCCACCCAAAGAUGAUGGUGGAUCAGAAGUUACCAAUUAUAUUUUGGAGAAGAGGCAUUCUACUGCCAACAAGUGGGUCACAGUUGCUUCUGCAAUUCAGAAGAACUCUAUGAGAGUUACAAGACUUCAUGAUGGAACAGAAUACAUAUUCAGAGUUUGUGCUGAAAAUAAAUAUGGAUUUGGAGAGUUCCUCAAAUCUGACCCAGUGAUUGCUAAACAUCCAUUCAAUGCACCAGGGGCUCCAGCACCACCUGAGGUUGUGAGCAUUCGUCAUGAGUCUGCUAUCCUAACAUGGUCUGAUCCAAAAGAUACUGGAGGCUCACCCAUCACAGGAUAUUACGUGGAAUUCAAAGAUAGAAAUAGCUUGAUGUGGAAGAGAGCCAACAAGACACCUUUGAGAGUAAAAGAAUGCAGAGUAACCAGUUUGGUUGAAGGCCUGGAAUAUGAAUUUAGGGUCAUAGCUAUGAAUGUGACUGGGCUUGGAAAGCCAAGCAAAACAACUGAAUCACAUGUUGCUCUUGAUCCAAUUGAUCCCCCUGGUAAACCUGAUGUGAUCAGUGUCACAAGAAACAGUGUAACACUAAUUUGGGCUGCACCCAAGUAUGAUGGUGGCCACAAACUAACCGGCUAUAUUGUAGAGAAAUUAGAACAUCCUGGAAAGACCUGGAUGAAGGCCAACCAUGUAAAUGUCCAAAGCUGUGCAUACACUGUAACAGACCUACAGGAAGGCUGUACUUAUGAAUUCAGAAUAAGGGCUAAAAAUGCAGCUGGAGCUAUCAGUGCUCCCUCGGAGACAACUGAGCCUCUUGUCUGCAAAGAUGAGUAUGAACCACCAACUAUCACAAUUGACCCUGAAAUGAAGGAUGGAGUGACUGUGAGGGCUGGGGAAACAAUUGUCAUCACAGCAUCAAGCAUUCUUGGCAAACCACCUCCUACAGCUGUGUGGUCUAAGGGUGGAAGAGAAUUCAAGACCUCAGAUAUUGUCCAAAUUAGAAGCACUCCCACAUCUUCAACACUGUCAAUCAAGUAUGCCAGCCGAAAGAACACCGGGGAGUACAGUAUUACUGCAAGUAAUCCAUUUGGUAUCAAAGAAGAAAAAGUCAAAGUGAAAAUCCUGGAUGUGCCUGGACCUCCAGGUCCUAUUGAAGCCAGCAGUGUCUCUGCUGAAAAAUGCACUUUGACAUGGUUGCCACCAGAAGAAGAUGGUGGCUGCACUAUCAAAUCAUAUACAUUAGAAAAGAGAGAAACCAGCCGUCUUCUCUGGACAAAGCUAGCUGAAGAUGUUAUGGAUUGCCGCUAUGUUGCCAGCAAGCUGAUAAAGGGAAAUGAAUACAUAUUCCGUGUUUCAGCAGUCAAUCAGUAUGGUAUUGGUGAUGCAACACAGUCUGGACCAGUUAAAAUGGUUGAUAGUUUUGGACCUCCUGGGCCGCCAUCAAAACCAGAAAUUGAUAAUGUCAGUAAAAAUGCUGUAACAAUUUCCUGGAAGAGACCAAUUGUAGAUGGAGGAAGUGACAUUAGAGGCUAUAGUGUUGAGAGAAAAGAGAGAAGAGGAAUGAGAUGGGUCAGAGCUUCAAAAAAGACCAUUUCCGAUCUACGUUAUAAGGUCUCAGGCCUGUCAGAAGAGACUGAAUAUGAAUUCCGUGUAACUGCAGAGAAUAAGGCUGGUUUUGGUGAGCCCAGUGAGCCAUCACAACCUGUAAUGACAAAGGAUAUUUCAUAUCCACCAGGACCUCCAUCCAACCCACGGAUUACUGACACCACCAAAACAACUGCAACAUUUAACUGGGGUAGACCCUUCUAUGAUGGUGGACUCGAUGUGACAGGAUACAUUGUUGAACAUAAAAAGGAAGGUGAUGAUGACUGGGUUCAAGACACAACUACUCCAUUGAGAAUAACAGAAUUUGUGGUUUCAAAUCUACAAUCAGGAGGAAAGUAUCACUUCAGAGUCAGAGCACUGAAUUCAGAAGGACUUGGUGAACCCUCUGAAGUUGAGCAAGUUGUUGAACUGGUGGAUCGAGAGGAGGUUCCUGAAUUUGAACUUGAUGCAGAGUUGAGAAGAACACUUGUUGUUAAGUCAGGUGCUUCAAUCCGCAUAUUUGUGCCAAUCAAGGGCAGGCCAGCUCCAGAAGUAACAUGGCAUAAGGAAGAUGUACCACUUAAAGGCCGCGCUCACAUUGACACUACUGAAUCAUACACUCUAGUAGUCAUCCCUGAGUGUACAAGAUAUGAUGCAGGGAAAUAUGUCUUAACAUUGGAAAAUGUUGCUGGAAAGAAGUCUGGAUUUGUCAAUGUUCGUGUUGUGGACACCCCAGGACCUCCAGUGAAUUUGAAACCAAGUGAAAUCACAAAGCAUAGCAUUACUUUACAAUGGGAGAUUCCUAUCAUUGAUGGUGGUUCAAAGAUUACUAAUUAUAUCAUUGAGAAGCGGGAUGCAACACGAAAGGCUUACUCAACCGUUACAGCAAACUGGCAGAAAUGCUCGUACAAGAUUCCAGACUUGGAAGAGGGUGCUGAAUAUUACUUUAAAGUCUCUGCUGAGAAUGAAAGGGGCAUCGGUGAACCAGCAGAGACACCUGAACCAAUAAAAGCUUCUCAGGCUCCUUCUGCACCAGAUAAUCUGAUUGUUUCAGAUGUUUCCAAGGACACAGCAACUCUUGCAUGGACAAAACCAAAAUACGAUGGUGGUAGUCGAAUCACUGGCUAUGUGAUAGAGGCUCAACUGAAAGAUUCUGAUCAGUGGACACAUGUGACAACAAUAAAAGCUUUAGAUUACACUGCAACAGAAUUGGUGGAAAAUGCAGAAUAUGUGUUCCGUAUCUUUGCUGUAAACACCUCAGGUAGGAGUGAACCUCGUGAAAGUCGACCAGUUGUAAUAAAGGAACAAACCACUGCUCCAGGAUUUGACCUCAGAGGUAUAUAUCAGAAGAUUGUGGUAGCUAAAGCAGGUGAUAAUCUUAAAGUUGAGAUCCCUGUUCUGGGUCGUCCAAAACCACUUGUUGUAUGGAAGAAAGAAGAUCAGGAACUAAAACAGACACAGAGAAUAAACGUUGAAAAUACUGCAACUUCUACAAUUCUGAACAUUAAUGAAAUUAAGAGAAAAGACGGAGGACAGUAUUCAAUGACAGGAAAGAACAUCUUCGGAACUGUGACUGAAAUCAUUACUGUUCAAGUACAUGAUAUUCCAGGACCUCCAACUGGACCAAUAAAAUUGGAUGAGGUUUCUUGUGAUUAUGUAAUAAUAUCAUGGGAAGCUCCAGAAAAUGAUGGAGGAGUCCCUAUUAAUAACUACAUUGUUGAAAUGCGUGAGACAACUGGCACAUCCUGGGUAGAACUGGCAGCAACUGUUAUCCGCACAACAUUUAAAGCAGCACGCCUUACAACUGGUAUUCAAUAUCAAUUCCGUGUAAAAGCUCAGAACAGAUAUGGUGUUGGACCCUUCAUAACAUCAGAAUCAGUGGUGGCUGCUUAUCCAUUUGAUGUUCCAGGACAGCCUGGAAUUCCACAAGUAGUUUCCUUCACCAAGGAUUCAAUGACAAUCAGCUGGAAUGAACCUUCUUUAGAUGGAGGUAGCCCAAUUUUAGGAUACCACAUUGAGAGGAAAGAGAAGAACAGCAUACUCUGGCAGAGGAUCAGCAAAGCUCUAGUUGUUGGCAAUAUGUUUAAAUCACCAGGUCUGAUUGAUGGUAUUGCUUAUGAAUUCCGUGUUAUUGCAGAAAAUCUGGCUGGUCUCAGCAAAGCAAGCAAGCCAUCUGAGAUGACAUAUGCACUUGAUCCUGUAGACCCCCCAGGUCAACCUGUGGCACUUAACAUAACGAGACAUGAAGUAACUCUUCAGUGGUCAAAGCCAGAGGGUGAUGGUGGUUUCUCAAUUACUGGAUAUACAGUUGAAAAAAGAGAGCUGCCUAAUGGUCGCUGGCUCAAAGCCAACUUCAGCAACAUUCAUGAAACAAACUUUACUGUAAGUGGUCUCAUGGAAGAUGCUUCUUAUGAAUUCCGUGUAUUAGCAAGAAACUCAGCUGGAGCUGUCAGCAAACCAUCUAAAACUUCAGAGGUCAUUGUCUGCAGAGAUGACAUUGAAGAACCAAAAAUUGAUGCUGAUGCAAGUUUCAGUAGUGCUGUGGUAGUGAAAGCAGGAGAUGUCUUUAAGCUAGAUGCACGUGUUACAGGUCGCCCAAUUCCAUCCUUGGUUUGGACUAAAGAUGGCAAGGAGCUUGAGGACACUGGAAAACUAGAGAUCAAAACAUCAGAUUUCUAUACCUGUUUGAUUAACAAAGAUUCUUUACGUAGAGAUGGUGGUGCAUACGCUCUAACUGCUAGCAAUCCGGGAGGAUUUGCCAAAUUUGUCUUCAAUGUUAAAGUUCUUGACAGACCUGGGCCACCUGAAGGACCACUGCAUGUUACUGACAUGACAACAGAGAAAUGUAUUCUAUCAUGGCUGCCACCACUUCAUGAUGGAGGAGGAAAGAUUGAAUACUACCUCAUUCAGAGACGUGAAACAAGUAGACUUACAUGGACAAAUGUAGCCACGGAUUUACAAGUAAACCGCUAUAAGGUUACCAAAUUGCUGAAAGGAAAUGAAUAUAUUUUCAGAGUCAUGGCUGUGAACAAGUAUGGCGUUGGAGAGCCUCUUGAAUCUGAGCCUGCUGUUGCCACAAACCCAUAUGUGCCUUCUGAUCCUCCACAGGCACCAGAAGUAACUGCAAUCACAAAAGAUUCAAUGGUGGUGUGUUGGGGACAUCCUGAACACAAUGGUGGAAGUAGUAUAAAUACCUACAUCAUUGAGAGGAGAGAUAAAACUGGUCUUCGUUGGGUAAAAUGCAAUAAAAGAACUGUUACUGAUCUGCGCUUCAAAGUGUCAGGACUAACACCUGGACAUGAGUAUGAAUACAGAAUCCUAGCUGAAAAUGCUGCUGGCUUAAGUGCUCCAAGCCCUUCAAGUCCAUUCUACAAAGCAUGUGACACAAUAUUCCAACCUGGACCACCUGGAAAUCCUAGGGUUUUGGAUACAACAAAGUCAUCCAUUACUAUUGCUUGGAAUAAACCAGUUUAUGAUGGUGGUUCAGAUAUCACAGGUUAUAUUGUUGAAACAUGUCUGCCAGAGGAAGAUGAAUGGACAAUUGUCACCCCAAAGGCUGGGCUAACAGCAACAUCAUUCACCAUAACCAACCUUAUUGAAAACCAAGAAUAUAAGAUCAAUAUUUCAGCUCUUAACUGUGAAGGUAUUGGAGAGUCAGCCUCCAUACCUGGUUCACCAAAAGCAGAAGACAGACUCCUUCCACCUGAAAUCGAGCUUGACUCAGACCUUCGCAAAGUAGUGAACAUCAGAGCAUGCAGUACCUUAAGAUUAUUUGUGCCAAUUAAAGGAAGACCUGCACCAGAAGUCAGAUGGUCAAGGGAGACAGGUGAACCCCUUAAUAAAGCAUCAAUUGAAAUUACAUCAUCCUUCACCACAUUGGUUAUUGAGAAUGUAAACAGAUUUGAUGGUGGAAAAUACAUGCUAACAGUGGAAAACAGUUCAGGAACUAAAACGGCGUUUGUUAAUGUCCGAGUUCUUGACACUCCUGAUGCACCACAAAACCUUACAAUCAAAGAAAUCACAAAAGAUUCUGUUUCCCUCAUCUGGGAUCCUCCAAUCAUUGAUGGUGGAUCAAGAACCAGGCAUUAUAUUGUUGAAAAACGUGAAUCUACACGAAAAGCAUAUUCCAUCGUUAAUGCCUCCUGUCCCAAAACAAGUUGUAGAAUUGGAGACUUACAAGAAGGAGGCUUGUAUUUCUUCAGAAUUUUGGCUGAAAAUGAGUAUGGUGUUGGUCUUCCAGUAGAGACCACGGAAGCUAUAAAAAUCUCUGAGAAACCUCUUCCUCCUGGAAAAGUGACUCUAAAAGGAGUAACUGGUAACAGUGUAACACUUUCUUGGGAGAAGCCGGACCAUGAUGGAGGAAGUAGAAUUACGGGUUAUAUUGUUGAAAUGCAAGGGAAAAACAGUGAAAAAUGGACACAAGUAAUGACUGUUAAAGUAACAGAGGCAGUUGUUGUUGGCCUAACACAAGGUGAAGAAUACUCCUUCCGUAUUUCAGCAACUAAUGAAAAGGGAACCAGUGAUCCACGCCCACUUAAUGUCCCUGUGGUUGCUAUGGAUGUUGUUAUUGCUCCUGCUUUCAAACUUUUGUUCAGCACAUUCAGUGUUCUGGCAGGAGAUGAUCUGAAAAUCGAUGUACCUUAUGUUUCUCAGCCCAAGGCAGCAGUUACCUGGCAAAAAGAUGGUAUUGCUCUUAAAGAGACAACAAGAGUAAAUGCUGAAGUAACAGAGAGACACCUUUACCUUGUGAUAAAAGAGGCAACACGGGAUGAUGUGGGCAAAUAUACUAUUAAACUGACAAAUUUAGCUGGUGAAGCUACAGCAGACGUCAAUGUUAUUGUCCUUGAUAAACCUGGACCACCAACUGGCCCAAUCAAAAUAGAGGAGGUAACUGCAGACAGUGUUACAUUGUCAUGGCAGCCUCCAGAGUAUGAGGGAGGCUGUAGCAUUAAUAACUAUAUUGUUGAAAAACGAGACACAUCCACAACCAACUGGCAGAUUGUAUCUGCAACAGUGGCAAGAACAACAACUAAAGCUGCAAGAUUGAAGACUGGCUGUGAAUAUCAAUUUAGGAUUGCUGCAGAAAAUAGAUAUGGAAAGAGUUCAGUUCUUUUGUCUGAGCCUGUUGUUGCACAAUAUCCCUUUGAGGUUCCAAAUCCACCAGGAACUCCAACUGUUCAAUCUGCUACCAAAGAAAGCAUGGUUAUUGUGUGGAACAAACCCAGUAGUGAUGGUGGAAGCAAGAUUUUGGGAUAUCACAUUGAGAGUAAGGAAAGAAACAGCUUGUUGUGGGUAAAGCAAAACAAAACACUCAUUCCAGACACAAGAUUCAAGAUAGGUGGCCUUGAAGAAGGCAUUGAAUAUGAAUUUAGAGUUUAUGCUGAGAAUAUAGUUGGUCUAAGCAAAGCAAGCAAAGUAUCAGAAAUCCAGGUGGCUAGAGAUCCUUGUGACCCUCCAGGCAAACCUGAAGCAGUGAUUGUCACCAGAAACUCUAUAACACUCAAGUGGACACCACCACAGUUUGAUGGUGGCAGCAAGAUUACAGGAUAUUUCAUUGAGAAAAAAGAAUUGCCUAGUGGCCGCUGGAUGAAAGCUUCUUUUACGAAUAUCAUUGAGACUGAAUUUGUUGUCAGUGGCUUGGUAGAGGAGCAGCAAUAUGAAUUCCGUGUCAUUGCAAAAAAUGCUGCAGGUGUGUAUAGUGUUCCAUCAGACAGUACUGGUGCAAUCACAGCCAAGGAUGAAGUUGAUCCACCCCAAAUUGACUUGGAUGCCAAAUAUUCUCAAGCUAUAGUUGUUAAUGCUGGUGAAUCAUUCAAGGUAGAUGCAAGAAUACUUGGCAAACCUAUUCCUUCAGUUCACUGGAUAAAAGCUGGUGAAGAACUUACAAAUACUGCAAGACUUGAGAUAAAGAAUACUGACUUUACAACUACUCUUAGUGUGAAGGAGGCUAUCCGUGUUGAUGGAGGCCAGUAUACCUUGCUAUUAAAAAAUGUUGGUGGAGAGAAAUCAGUAGUUGUCAGUGUCAAAGUUCUGGACAGACCUGGGCCUCCAGAUGGCCCAAUUUCAAUAUAUGGGGUUACUAGUGAAAAGUGCUGCAUUGCCUGGAAAACUCCAUUGCACGAUGGAGGUGCGGAGGUGUCUCAUUACAUUGUGGAAAGAAGAGAGACCAGCCGAUUAGUUUGGACUGUUGUGGAAUCUAAGGUACAAACCCUCAAUCUUAAAGUUACAAAACUCCUUCCUGGAAAUGAGUAUAUUUUCAGAGUGAUACCUGUAAAUAAAUAUGGUAUUGGUGAGCCUUUGGAAUCUGAUUCAGUGAUUGCAGCAAAUCCAUUUGUCCCACCUGAUGCACCAAGUAAUGUUGAAGUGUCAAAUAUAACAAAGGAUUCUAUGGUUAUCACAUGGGAAAGACCCACUAAUGAUGGCGGCAAUGCAAUUACAGGAUAUAUUGUUGAAAAAAGAGACAAAGAAGGCGUUAGGUGGACAAGAUGCAACAAACGUGUAGUGAGUGAACUGCGCUUUAGAGUAACGGGACUUCUUGAAAAUCGAAGUUAUGAAUUCCGUGUGUCUGCUGAGAAUGCAGCUGGAGUUGGUAAACCAAGUCCACCUACAGUAUACUUCAAGGCAGUGGAUCAAGUCUUCAAGCCUGGUCCACCAAACAACCCUAAGGUAAUUUAUGUCUCAAGAGCAUCUGUUGUCCUGCAUUGGGGGAAGCCAAUUUAUGAUGGUGGCUGUGAAAUUCAGAGUUAUAUUGUUGAGGCAUGUGAAGUUACUUCCGAAGAAUGGAUGAUGUGUACACCUCCCUCCGGAAUUACAGAGACAAGAUUUGAGGUUAAAAAACUGCUUGAAAAGCAUGAGUACAAAUUCAGAAUUUGUGCCAUAAAUAAGGUUGGUGUGGGAGAAACUGCUGAUAUCCAAGGAUCCAUUAUCAUAGAGGAUAAACUUGAGGCACCAGAUAUUGAUCUUGAUGCUGACCUGAGAAAGAUGAUUACUGUCAGGGCUGGAGGCUCUCUCAGAUUGUUUGUGCCUAUCCGUGGACGGCCAACUCCUGAAGUCAAGUGGGCAAAGGCUGAAGGUGAAAUCAACGAGGCAGCUCAAAUUGAUAUUACAAGCAGUUUCACUUCACUUGUAAUUGAAAAUGUUAAUAGAUUUGACAGUGGAAAAUACAAUUUAACUCUGGAAAAUGCCAGUGGAACAAAAUCUGCAUUUAUUAGUGUCAGGGUCUUAGAUACUCCUGAUGCACCUGCAAACUUCCGUGUGAAGGAAAUAACAAAGAAUUCAGUCACUCUUACCUGGGAGCCACCUUUGCUAGAUGGUGGAGCUAAAAUUAAAAAUUACAUUGUUGAAAAACGAGAAAGUACCAGAAAGGUAUACUCUGCUGUUGCUACCUGCAACAAGAUGACAUGGAAAAUUGAACCUCUCCAAGAGGGAAGCAACUUUUUCUUUAGGGUUCUUGCUGAAAAUGAACAUGGUAUUGGAAUGCCUGCAGAAACUCUAGAACCAAUAAAAAUCUCAGAGGUGCCACAACCCCCUGGUAAAGUUUCUGUAGUGGAUGUUACAAGGAAGAGUGUUUCCCUCAAAUGGGAAAAACCAGAGCAUGAUGGAGGCAGCAGAAUUACUCUUUACGAAGUUGAAAUGCAAGCAAAAGAUCAAGAUAAAUGGUCUAUUUGUGCUCAAGUAAAAUCCCUCGAUACUGUUAUAACUAAUUUAGUCCAAGGUGGGGAGUACAAUUUCAGAGUCAUUGCCGUCAAUGACAAAGGAAAGAGUGAUCCCAGACUCUUGGCAAAUCCUGUUGUUGCAAAGGACCUUGCUAUUCAGCCCACAGUAAGAACAAAACUUAGUACCUACAAUGUACAGGUUGGGCAAGAUUUGAAAAUUGAAGCACGAAUUUCUGGUCAUCCAAAACCGACUAUUACAUGGACCAAAGAUGGUUCAGUUCUGAAACAGACCACGAGAGUAAAUGUUGCUGACACUGCACAUCAUACCACUCUUACCAUCAAAGAUGCAACAAGAGAAGAUGGUGGUAUGUAUAACAUUGCUGUUGCUAAUAUACUUGGACAAGCAGAAGCCACUGUUGAAAUAAUCAUACUUGAAAAGCCUGGCCCACCAACAGGCCCAGUCAGGAUUGAUGAAGUGAGUGCAGAGAGUAUUACACUAUCUUGGGACCCACCAACAUACACUGGAGGCUGCCAGAUUUCAAAUUAUGUUGUCCAAAAGAGAGAUACCACCACUACUAACUGGGUAGUUGUUUCUGCCACAGUAGCAAGAACCACACUUAAAGUUAGUAAUCUAAAAACUGGAGCUGAAUACCAGUUUAGAAUUUUUGCUGAAAAUAGGUAUGGUAAAAGCUAUGGCAUUGAUUCAGAUCCGGUUCUUGCCCAGUAUCCUUUCAAGGAGCCUGGGCCUCCAGGAACUCCAUUUGUGUCUGCAUUUACAAAAGAAUCUAUGGUUGUUGAAUGGCACAAACCAGUCUCAGAUGGUGGAAGUGCUAUUCUAGGAUAUCAUCUAGAGAGAAAAGAGAAAAAUAGUAUCCUUUGGACAAAGAUAAAUAAAAUACUCAUUCAAGACACCAGAUUUAAAACAUCUCCAUUGGAAGAGGGCAUUGAAUAUGAAUUCAGAGUUUAUGCUGAAAACAUAGUUGGAAUUGGAAAGUGCAGCAAAAUUUCUGAGGGGUGUGUGGCACGUGACCCAUGUGACCCACCAGGCACCCCUGUACCAGUGAUUGUGACAAGACACUCAGUGAAACUUAGAUGGACACCACCGGAAUAUGAUGGAGGCAGCCUUGUCACUGGAUAUGUUGUGGAGAAACUAGACCUGCCAGAAGGUCGUUGGAUGAAAGCUAGUUUUGCAAAUAUUCUUGAAACUGAAUUUACAGUCACAGGGCUGAAAGAAGACUGCAAAUAUGAUUUCAGAGUUAUUGCCAGAAACGGAGCUGGGUCAGUUAGUAGACCCUCAAUGAGCACAGGCUCAAUUACAGCUAAGGAUGAAGUUGAACCACCAACCUAUGAGGUUGCCUCAGAGUACAGUCAAAUUUUGACAGUGAAUGCAGGAGACACAUUUACUCUGGAAGCAUCCAUACUAGGAAAGCCAGUUCCAACAAUGCAGUGGUUUAAGGGUGAUGUGGAAGUUGAAAAUUCAGCAAGAGCUGAAAUCAAGAACACUGACUUCAAAGCAAUUCUUGUUGUCAAAGAUGCCAUUCGAAUUGAUGGAGGACAGUACACAUUGCACCUCACUAAUGUGGCUGGAACAAAGUCUGUUUCCUUCAAUGUAAAAGUCCUUGAUAGACCUGGACCCCCUGAAGGUCCUUUUACUGUUUCUGGUGUAACAUGUGAGAAGUGUUCAUUGUCAUGGCUGCCUCCAAAACAUGAUGGUGGCAGUAGCAUUUCACAUUACAUUAUCCAGAAGAGAGAAACAAGUCGCCUUGCUUGGACAGUAGUUUCAGGUGAUUGUGGAGCAACCAUGUUUAAAGUUACUAAACUUUUAACAGGAAAUGAAUACAUAUUCCGUGUCAUGGCUGUCAACAAGUAUGGAGUUGGUGAACCACUUGAAUCUGCACCAGUGAUUAUGAGAAAUCCUUUUGUUCCACCUGGGCCACCUAAAGAACUAGAAGUAACAAAUAUUUCAAGGGACUCUAUGACAGUAUGCUGGACUCGUCCUGAGACUGAUGGUGGAAGUGAAAUUGUUGGUUAUAUUGUAGAGAAGAGAGACAGAGCUGGAGUGCGGUGGACAAAAUGUAACAAACGCAGAGUCACAGACUUACGUUUCAGAGUCACAGGCUUGACAGAGGAUCAUGAAUAUGAAUUUAGGUUAACUGCAGAAAAUGCUGCUGGAGUUGGACAGCCAAGUCCACCAACUGUUUAUUACAAAGCCUGUGAUCCUACAUUUAAGCCUGGCCCACCAACUAGUGCACACCUUGUUGACACUACAAAGAAUUCAGUCACAAUUGCAUGGAGUAGACCAAUAUAUGAUGGUGGUUUAGACAUCCAAGGCUAUGUUGUUGAGAUAUGUAAAGCUGAUGAAGAAGAAUGGACCACAUGUACUCCACCCUCCGGAUUAAAUGAUACUAAAUUUACAAUAACUAAACUUACUGAACACCAAGAAUACAAAGUUUGUAUAUGUGCUUUUAAUAAACUGGGUGUUGGUGAGCCAGUGUCUAUCCAAGGAACUGUCAAACCAGUGGAUAAGUUGGAUGCCCCUGAAAUUGAGCUUGACUCGGAGUUGAGGAAAGGUAUUGUUGUGCGUGCUGGAGGAUCUAUGAUAAUCAACAUACCAUUCAAAGGACGCCCCAUUCCUGAAAUAAACUGGACCAAGGAUGAGGGAGAUUUACCCGAUAAAGCCCAAAUAGAAAAGGGACCAGAUUACACUCAGUUAUCAAUUGAUAUUUGUGACAGAAAUGAUGCUGGUAAAUAUACUCUGACUUUGGAAAAUAAUGCUGGCACUAAAUCAGCCUUUGUGUCAGUAAAAGUACUCGAUACACCAGGUGCUCCACAGAACCUUGUUGUGAAAGAUGUAACAAGAAACUACACCACCCUCGUUUGGGAACCUCCACUUAUAGAUGGUGGUUCAAAAAUCAAAAAUUAUAUAAUUGACAGGAGAGAAUCGAAUAGACAAGGAUUUGUAAACAUUACUACCAAGUGCUCCAAGACCAGCUUCCGAGUUGGUGAUUUGACAGAAGGUGGUAUUUAUUACUUCAGAGUCAUGGCAGAAAAUGAAUUUGGAAUUGGUGUUUCUGUAGAAACACAAGAAUCUGUGAAGACAGCAGAUCCUCCUUUAUCUGUCGGCAAGGUAACUUUGACUGAUGUGACAAAAACCACAGCAUCACUUUCCUGGGAUAAACCAGAUCAUGAUGGUGGUAGUAGAAUCUUGGGUUAUUAUAUUGAAAUGCAGCCAAAAGGAUCAGAGGAAUGGACAGUUGCUACAGUCGCCAAAACAGUUGAGGGUACAGUGACAGGACUUAGUUCAGGACAAGAGUACUUCUUCAGAGUUUUAGCUUACAAUGAGAAGGGAAAAAGUGAUCCAAGGCCUUUGGCUGCUCCUGUCGUAGCCAAAGAUGUUACUAUUGAACCAAGCUUCAAAAUACUUUUCAACACCUACAGCGUUCAAGCUGGUGAAGAUCUCAAAGUGGAAAUACCAUUUAAAGGGCGUCCUUCUCCAAAGAUUGCAUGGAUGAAAGAUGGACAAGCACUGAAAGAGACAACCAGAUUAAAUGUCUCAAGCACUGUAACUUCAACAGUUCUUAAAAUUAAAGAUGCAAAUAGAGAGGACUCUGGCAAGUACACAGUUACAGCUACAAAUAAUAUAGGUACGGUCAUAGAAGAGGUUGGCAUUAUUAUUCUUGACAAACCAGGCCCACCAGUUGGACCAGUUAAAAUUGAUGAAGUAAGCGCCACCUAUGCUAUAAUUUCCUGGGAGCCACCUGUAUACACAGGAGGUUGUCAGAUAAACAACUACAUAGUGGAAAAACGUGAUACAACCACUACUAACUGGCAGAUUGUUUCAGCAACCAUUGCUCGUACCACAAUAAAAGUCACAAAGCUGAAGACUGGUUCUGAAUAUCAGUUUAGAGUGUUUGCUGAGAACAGAUAUGGAAAGAGCACAUCAUUAGAUUCAGCUCUAGUUGUGGUCAGUUAUCCUUUUACUGAGCCUGCAGCUCCUGGUACACCAUUUGUUUCAUCGGUGACAAAAGACCACAUGACAAUUGAAUGGAAACCCCCCAGCAAUAAUGGAGGUAGCCCUGUUAUUGGUUAUCACCUUGAGCGUAAAGAAAAGAACAGCAUCUUAUGGACCAAACUUAACAAGCUUCUUAUCACUGACACUCGAUUCAAAACAAAUGGUCUGGAGGAGGGAAUUGAAUAUGAAUAUAGAGUGUUUGCUGAAAAUAUGGCAGGAAUCAGUCCAUCAAGCAAAGUCUCAGAAAGUGUUGUUGCACGUGAUCCCUGUGAUCCCCCUGGAACUCCUGAAGCCAUUGUUAUCACAAGAAACCUAGUAACUCUUCAGUGGGCAAAACCACAGUAUGAUGGUGGCAGUGCUAUUACAGGAUACAUUAUUGAAAGAAAGAAGCUGCCUGAAGGUCGUUGGAUGAAGGCCAGCUUCACAAAUAUUAUACAAACACAAUUUACAAUAACUGGACUGGAAGAAGAACAACGAUAUGAAUUUAGAGUAAUUGCCAAAAAUGCAGCUGGUAAUUUAAGUGUACCCUCUGAAAGCACUGGACCAAUUACUGCUCAGGAUGAGAUUGAAGCUCCAUCUGUCUCAAUGGAUUCAAAAUUUAAAGAUGUUAUCAUUGUAAAGGCUGGUGAGUCCUUUACUAUUGAUGCCGACAUUGCUGGAAAACCACUUCCUGAUAUUAUGUGGCUUAAGGAUGGAAAAGAAAUUGACAGUACUACACCCAGAAUGGAGAUUAAAUCCACCAUCACGCAAACAGUUCUGACUGUUAAGGACUGCGUUAGAGUAGAUGGUGGUCAUUUUCUCUUAAGUCUCAGUAAUGUUGGUGGAACCAAACAGGUACCCAUUAGUGUCAAAGUUCUUGAUAGACCUGGUCCACCUGAUGGCCCUCUGAAGGUAACUGGUGUCACAGCAGAAAAAUGUUAUUUGCACUGGAGCCACCCAUCACAUGAUGGUGGAGCUGGUAUUUCUCAUUACAUUAUUGAAAAGAGAGAAACCAGCAGACUGUCUUGGACAGUAGUGGAACCUAAAAUUCAAGCAAUUAGUUACAAAGUCACUAAACUCCUGCCUGGUAAUGAGUAUAUAUUCAGAGUCAUGGCAGUGAACAAGUAUGGUAUUGGUGAACCACUUGAAUCUGAACCUGUCCUUGCAAAAAAUCCUUUCAACAAACCUGGACCACCUUCAACUCCAGAAGCAAGUGCAGUCACCAGAGACUCAAUAGUCCUAACAUGGGAACGACCAGAGGACGAUGGCGGAUCACAAAUUGAUGGUUAUGUUCUUGAGAAACGUGAUAAAGAGGGUAUAAGAUGGACAAAGUGUAACAAGAAAAGACUGAAUGACUUGAGAUUCAGAGCCACUGGGCUUACAGAGGGACACUUCUAUGAAUUCAGAGUAUCUGCUGAAAAUGCUGCUGGUGUGGGCACACCAAGUGAACCAUCUCAAUAUUACAAAGCUUGUGAUGCAAUUUAUCCUCCUGGUACUCCUAAUAAUCCUAAAAUAACAGAUAGCUCAAGCACAACUGUUUCCUUGGCUUGGAGUAGACCAAUUUAUGAUGGUGGAGCACCGGUCUCAGGAUACAUUGUUGAGGUAAAGGAAGUUAGUGAAGAUGAAUGGACUGUGUGCACUCCACCAACCGGUGUUCAAACAACUUACUUCACUGUCAAAAAACUAAAGGAAAAUGCAGAAUACAACUUCCGUAUUUGUGCACUUAAUAUUGAGGGGGCUGGAGAGCAUGUUGAUGUUCCAGGAUCUGUAAUUGCUGCUGAAAAACUUGAAGCUCCUGAGAUAGAACUUGAUGCAGAUCUUAGGAAAUGUGUGACUGUGCGUGCCAGUGCAACACUUAGGUUAUUUGUCACCAUAAGGGGAAGGCCUGAGCCAGAGGUUAAGUGGACAAAGGCAGAUGGUACCUUACCAGAGCGUGCUCAAAUUGAAGUAACAGGCUCUUACACUGUGCUUGUUAUUGACAAUGUUAACCGAUUUGAUACUGGCAAAUAUGUUGUGACCCUUGAAAAUAAUAGUGGCACAAAAUCUUCAUUUAUUAAUGUCAAGGUCCUUGACUCUCCAAGUGCUCCAUUGAACUUUGAAAUUAAGGAUGUAAAGAGAGAUUCUGUCCAGCUACAGUGGGAGCCUCCACAAAUUGAUGGUGGAGCCAAGAUCACCCAUUACAUUGUGGAAAAGCGUGAAUCUAAAAGGCUGGCAUUUACAACUGUGACAAACAGCUGUGUCAGAAAUUCAUUUAAGGUUGAUGAUCUCCAGGAAGGAGGUCUUUACCACUUCCGUGUAUUGGCUGUGAAUGAACUUGGUGUUGGUUUACCUGCAGAGACCAUAGAGGCUGUCAAAGUUUCCCAAGCACCCUUACCACCUGGUAAAAUUAAAGUUGUUGACGUAACUCGCCACACUGUUACUCUAGCAUGGGAAAAGCCAGAUCAUGAUGGUGGCAGCAAAAUCACAGGCUACACAGUGGAAAUGAUAACUAAGGGAUCAGAAAAAUGGACUGUAUGUGCUACAAUAAAGGCACUGGAAACCACAAUUGAAGGACUUACAACAGGAGAGGAAUAUAGCUUCAGAGUUACAGCAAUGAAUGACAAAGGAAAGAGUGAUCCUAAACCCCUGGGAGUAUCUGUUGUGGCACGAGAUAUUACUAUUGAACCCAUAAUUGAUUUGCUGUUUAAUACGUACAGUGUAAAAGCUGGAGAUGAUCUCAAAAUAGAUGUUCCAUUCAGAGGCAGACCUCCUCCAGAGGUUACAUGGAAAAAGGAUGGUCACUCAUUGAAGCAAACAACCAGAGUUAAUGUUUUGACAUCAAAAACAUCAUCAAAGAUUAUCAUCAAGGAUGCAACAAGAGAGGAUGCUGGAAAAUAUGAAAUUAUUUUAACCAAUUCAAUUGGUGUUAAAUCAGCUGAAAUAUCUGUUAUCGUUCUUGAUAAACCAGGUCCACCAGGUGCAAUCAAGGUUGAAGAAAUAAGUGCUGAUUUUAUUUCACUAUCAUGGGACCCUCCAAUUUAUGAUGGUGGCUGUCAAAUUAAUAAUUAUGUGGUUGAGAAGAGAGAUAUGACCACUACAGCAUGGCAAAUUGUUUCAGCAACAGUUGCAAGAACUUCAAUCAAAGUAACUCGUUUGACACAAGGAACAGAAUAUCAGUUCCGUGUUGCUGCAGAGAAUCGUUAUGGAAAAAGCCAUGCAAUUGACUCUGCCCCAGUUGUUGCACAGUACCCCUUUUCACCUCCAGGCCCUCCAACUAGUCUUCACAUUGCUCAAGCCACUAAAUCAGGAAUGCUAGUUACCUGGAACAGACCAGCUAGUGAUGGUGGCAGUCCCGUCUUUGGAUAUCACUUGGAAUGCAAAGAUCAGAGCAGCAUUCUCUGGAUAAAGAUGAACAGAGGACCUAUUACAGAAACUCAGUUCAAGGUAACUGGUUUGGAAGAAGGCCUGUUGUAUCAGUAUAGAGUAUAUGCUGAGAAUAUAGCUGGCAUUGGACCUUGCACAAAGGCAUGUGAUCCUGUUUCUGCCCGAGAUCCAUGUGCACCUCCAGGUCAGCCAGUAGUUAUGAACAUCACAAGAACAUCUGUUUCUCUCUCCUGGGCAAUACCUGAGUUUGAUGGUGGAGCUAAGGUGACUGGCUACAUUGUUGAACGCAGGGAACUUCCAGAUGGACGAUGGUUAAAGUGUAAUUUCACAAAUCUUCAAGAAACAUUCUUUGAUGUGACUGGCCUGAUUGAAGAUCAAAUAUAUGAUUUCCAUGUAAUUGCUAAGAAUGCAGCUGGCUUACUCAGUGAACCAUCAGAGGGUACAGGACCUGUGACUGUAAAAGAUGAUGUUGAUCCUCCACGCAUCACAAUUGAGGACAAGCUAAGACAACUGGUUGUAGUGAAAGCUGGGGAUGUACUGAGAAUUGAUGCUGAAAUAUCAGGACGUCCAAUUCCUGUGAUUUCAUGGGCAAAGGAUGGAAAAGAAAUUGAAGCCAAGGCCAGAUUUGAGAUUUCUUCAACACUUACUAGUACAACACUAAUUGUGAGAGAUGCCAUUAGACGAGACUCUGGACAGUAUGUUCUAACAUUGCAAAAUGUUGCAGGCACCAGAUCUUUGGCAGUAAACUGUAAGGUCCUGGACAGGCCUGGCCCAUCAGCUGGACCGUUGGAAGUAACUGGUCUAACUGCAGAGAAAUGUACGUUGACCUGGGGGCCACCUCAAGAAAACGGAGGUGCUGAAAUUCAGCACUACAUAGUUGAGAAACGGGAAACAAGCCGGCUUGCCUGGACUCUGGUCUAUGCAGAUAUGAAAGCCACAACAUGUAAAGUAACAAAACUGCUCAAAGGCAAUGAGUAUAUAUUUAGAGUUCGGGGAGUUAAUAAGUAUGGAACCGGUGAAGCUCUAGAGAGUGACCCUGUUAAAGCAAUGGAUCCAUUUACAAUCCCUGCUGCACCAACAAAUGUUGAAGUCACAAGUGUUACAAGUGAAGCAAUGACAAUUUGCUGGGAAAGACCGGUCUCUGAUGGAGGAAGUAGUAUCUCUAGCUAUGUAAUUGAGAAACGUGAGAAAUCUGGUCUUCGCUGGGUACGUGUCAACAAAAAACCUGUUUAUGAUUUAAGAGUAAAAGCUUCCAAUCUCCGUGAAGGAUGUGAGUAUGAAUACAGAGUAUUUGCAGAGAAUGCUGCUGGUCUGAGUGCACCAAGUGUGCCUUGCCCACUGACAAAGGCGGAGGAUCCAUUGUUCCUACCAUCACCUCCAGCUAAACCUAAAAUAAUUGAUUCUUCUAAAACAUCAAUAACUUUGUCUUGGAACAAGCCAUUAUUUGAUGGUGGCUCACCAGUUACAGCAUAUAUGGUGGAAUAUAGGAAAACCACUGAUGAUGACUGGACACUUGGUGUCAACAACACUAAGAGCACAGAGUUUACUGUGGUGGGACUCACUUCAGGAGCAGAGUAUGUCUUUGUAGUCAGAUCAAUUAAUAAGAUUGGUCCAAGUGAGCCAAGCCCUGAAACUGAUCCACAGAUAGCAAAGGACAGAGAAGAUGAGCCAGUUUUCCUAAUUAGUAAUGAAAUGAGGAAGACACUGAUUGUCAAAGAUGGAAGCUCAUUUACACUUAGAGUCCCAUUCAAAGGAAAGCCUGUUCCACAUGUAAUGUGGAACAAACCAGAUAUUGAUCUGAGAGUGAGGGCUGCUAUUGAUACAACCGAUAACUGCACAUCUAUCACAAUUGAGCAAGCUACAAGAGAUGACUCAGGGAAAUACACUGUAACCCUCCAAAAUGUUGCUGGAACUUCUACACUGACAUUGAGUGUAAAGGUCCUAGAUUCUCCAGGCCCACCAGCCCACAUUGAAAUAAAGGAUGUCACCAAGAGCUCUGCAACUAUUACAUGGGAUACUCCCGAGAAUGAGGGUGGUGCUCCAGUCAAGAACUAUUUUGUUGAUCUCCGUGAGGCAACUAAAAUGGGCUGGACCAGAAUUACAGACAGUUGUCCAAGGUUGACUUAUAAAGUUAAUGAUCUUCAAGAAGGGGGGGUUUAUUAUUUCAGAGUUACCGGUGAAAAUGAGUAUGGUAUAGGAGUCCCAGUUGAGACCAAAGAAGGAACAAAGAUUACAGAAAAACCAAGUCCACCACCCAAGCUUGGAGUCACUGAUGUCACAAAAGACAGCGUCUCACUAGCAUGGCUUAAACCAGAACAUGACGGAGGUAGCAGAAUUACAAAUUACCUGGUUGAGGCUCUUGAGAAAGGACAACAAAACUGGAUAAAGUGUGGUUCCACCAAAUCAACUCACUUUGUUGUCUGUGGAUUGAGAGAAAAUGCUGAAUACUACUUCAGAGUUCGGGCUGAAAACCAUGCUGGACUUAGCGACCCCAAGGACAUGGUUUUACCUGUGCUUGUUAAAGAUCAGCUGGGCAAGUUAUUUAUUAAUAAUAAUGUUUUAUUUUUAAACAUACACAAUGUUUGAUUGUUUAGUUUAACAUGAUGUUAAAUUAUUAUAUAUUCUUGUUGCUUUAAUCAACAGAGGCACCAGAAAUUAACAUGAAGGACUUCCAACACAACACUGCCUUUGUUAAGGCAGG